AUUCUUUGUUUCCAAUUGAUAUCGCCGCAGUGGCUAAAGAUCACGAUUUCUUGGAUCAAGAUUCCAUUGAAGCGUUGUUCAGGUAAUGAAUAAACAUUGUGAAACAUGUAUGUGUACAGUAUAAACAGUUUAGAUCACAGUUAUUUCUAUAUUUUAGCUAUAAGAGAGUAUCAGGAUAUAUAUAUAUAUAUAUAUAUAUAUAUAUAUAUAUAUAUAUAUAUAUAUAUAUAUAUAUAUAUAUAUAUAUAUAUAUAUAUAUAUAUUUCUGGAAAGGUUUUGUGAAUUGCGGAGUGUAAAUACAUUUAUUUAGACUUUUCCAUGCAGGAGCAGCUACGAAAAAUGCAUGUGUGCAUGCAACUAUAUUGGUCUCAGACUCUCAGGAAUGGAACCUGUGGUCCUUCAAUUCCGGUUCAGCACUCUUAUAUACCAAUUGAGCUGCAGAGUCCAUGCAGUUGUCGAGUGCAGUUGUAAGCGCAAGCUCAAGUUGUCGAGCUCUAAUCCAUUCCUGCCAGAGGGCUUAUAUAUACUCACAUUUUUCGCAGCUGCUCCUGGUUAGGUCUAAAUAAAUUUAUAAAAUUUACACUCGAAAUUUCCAUCUUCAAAAUCUUUCAACAUUAUAGCUAAAAGAACAUAUAGCCUACUACAAUCGACUGCAUGCAAGUAUAUAUUCAAAUAUAAAGUAUAUAUAUACAUGGAUACAGGAUACUAUGUAUACUGAAAUGGUGCCAGUUCGCCUCAAAUUGUUUAGCUUUUUUGCACGUAUAGGCGUAUAUAUUAAUUCUCAAAGUGACAAAUUUCAGAUUACAGACACCACAUGAUUAGUUUUUCACAGUAUUUUCACCUUUAAUUAAUAAAUAAUGAGAUUUAAAAAUCCAUCUUUUUAUCUCAUUACGUUAUGGCAUGAGAGUAUUCUUUUCGAACGGUAAAAGUGCAAUUUAUUUUUACCAAUAUAGGCGACUCCAAACUCUAAACAACUGUGCCAAACUAAAGCUUCAUCCGAGAAAGGUAAUGUUUACUUUCGCUUUGGAGUUUGGGUAAUUCUCUUACAAAGAGUUCUCCCAUUGACAAGUAAUAUCGAGUAAAUUGAUAUCUGCAUCCGAGGGUAUACUCGCUAAGAUAUAUUGUUAUAUAUAUGAAAAGCACCCGGUCAGCCAAUAAUUUCAAAAAGUAUAGAAAAACAGAUUCCGAAGAAUGCACAAAGUCAUCUUGAAAUUCAAUAGUUUAAUCAAAACAAGACGAGUUUUUGGAGUGCAAAUUUUGGAACAAAGUCGAACAAAAUUUACACUUUAGUUAAAUACUGUCUAUAGUGUUGUUUUAAUUCAAAUGGUUUAAAUUUCAAAUGACUUCCAUGCAUUAUCUUAUUGGUUAAUCGGGAAGAUUAAAUGCAUCUGGUUGGUUUAACCCUUAAUGGUAGGUAGUGGAAGUCAAAUCUAAACCUCAUGCGUGCACUAUUAAAUUUCAAGAUGACUAAUUCAUUACUCGCCUCUGACUUACAUUCUUCAUGAGAUACAAACUGGUCAGAGGACAGAGGUAUAUCAAUCCUUUUCCAGUCCAAUUACUCCUUGAUGUCAUUUUCAAUUCCGAAAAUAAGGAUUAGACUGGAUUUCAAAUUGGAGCAAUUUGAUCUGACAUCUCAUGCUCAUUAUAUACAUGCAUGCAUAAAGUGAAGUGAAUUAAUUUUAUCCAGUUCUAGGUCUGGAUCACUAUAUACUUCGCGAGAUACCCAGUAUUAUGUGAGCAAAAUAAAGCAAUAUAGUUCGCUAAUUUCCUCAUGAAUUAUUAAUGAGUAUUAUAGAUUGAAGUGUGAAUUGGUAAAAUCUUCAAAUAUGUUUUCUUUGUCUGAUGCCAUUACUUGCUUGAUCAUUCACGAAAACGCCACGUUUCUGUCAAUAUCGUAUACCCAUAUACAAAGUACUGCGAACAGCCGAUACAGGAGGCAUUGUUCGAUACUGUCGUAAAAUAAACAUGAAAUGCAUUGGCUAUAUAUCCCGCAGAUCAAAAAAUGGAAAGUUCUCCAAAACUGAGAAUCAUUAAAUUCUCUUUGGAUGCCUAUUUUACUUUCUCACAUUAACUGUCUGCACAAUAGCGAACAUUACGCAGGUCAUGCAUACAAUUCGAGAAAAGAUUUCUACUUUAUCCGUAUAAGGGUGCGAACCGUGUUUAUGCAUGUUGUAUAGAAAAUAUAUAUACAACCACUUUCGUGCUCGUUUACUCUAAUAAAGGGAGUGUUAAUCAGAUUAAGAGCAAUCCUUUUUUGUUAAUCUGAGAAAGCUGCGUUUUAUCUCUUUGUUUAUUUAUCUGUUAGAAGAAAAUAGCAACCAGCGUAUCAUUUAAACAAGUCAUGAACGAAAAUGUCCAAUUAUCGCAUAUCUUCGAAGCUCAUACAUGUACAAGUGAAAUCUAUUAGUAUAACUCAAACCCUCGUUUAACUUAAUUCAGGCCCUCGUUUUCUCCGACUUGUUAGCUAAAACCAACUUCUACUUUGACUCUUUUGUUAGAUUGACGAAUACGAUUCAGACGACGAAGAACUUAUCGCGCUGAGCUCAAGAUGGAAACUACAAAGAAAAAAUAGAAAAUGGUCCAGAAGGAAGAGAUCUGAUGAUACGUUGAGAGUCGCCAUCAGUGAAAACACACCAAAUUGCUCGCCCAAACCUUCACCACGUACAUACAUGCAUUGCAAGGAAAAUAAUCCCGACAACGAUAAAAUAAUUAGUGUAAAUAAUAUUAACAAUAAUAGUAAUAAUACCGCUCUUGAAUUACUUUACUCAAGACUACAUGAACGAAGACCGAGCUUGUAUGAUAAUCUGCCAAUAAACAAUUGCACGACAAGGAACUCGCUCGGGAAAUCUUCGCUAAUAAACGGUGACGAAAGUGAUACUGAGGUUAGGUCACCUGUGGCAAAAAGAAGGCCUGGUAGCGAUCGUUAUUCCUCGUCCCAAAGUGCAGUUGGAGAUGCAUUAGGUUCUUCUCCAGAGGACCAGUCAUCUGACGAGGAAGAUGUAUCAAAAGACCUAGAACUAGUUAAGUCGUUAAAUGAGCAAGCUCCUCGUACGGAUAAACCAAGAGCAAAGAAGGCAAGAUGGCAUAGUUUUCAACGUGCAAGAAAUCCACGAAGAGACUCAACUUUGCCGUAAGUUAAAGUGCUUAUGAAACGAAAUUUUUGCCUCGGUUUUUAUUGUCUUAUUAAAAGGUACUGCUUAAAUGAUGACGGAUGACGUUUACAGUUUGUUCGUAUCUCAUCUCAUUCCCAAGUUAUCGCACUUUCUAUAUUUUGAGUUGUGACGUCACUAGUUUGACUCAAAAUAAUGGCAAUAACAAGAAAAUCUGAUAUCUUUAUGAUCAUUUAAUAAAAUUCAAUGAAACUUGGCACACGUAGUGGGUGCAAUGAAGUGAACAAUUUGGCUUGUUUAUAUGGUUGUUAUGGCAACACACUCGUCCCCAGUCCCUUUUCUUCCAAUUUCUAUAUGAUCCAUUUCCAACAAAAUAAAUAGUAAUUUCUGCAAUUGUCGCUUAUUACUAUAAUACGUGUAGGUAUUGUGAUCAGUUUAAACCGUUAUAACAUGCAAACAUCCUCUGCAAGAGGUCUACAGGAGGAAAUUUGUGAAAAGGAAGAGAAGAGACUGGGGACUAGUGUGUUACCAUGGCAACCACAUGACCUGCCAAAAAUAUUCAUAUGGGUGUACCCACUAAGUGUACCGAGUUUCAUUGAAUUUUAUUAACUACUCACUAAGAUAUCAGACUUUCUUUUUAUUGCCAUUAUCUCAAGUCAAACUAGUGACGUCACAACUCAAAAUUUAGAAAGUGCGAUAACUUGAGAAUGAGAUGAGAUAUGAAGAAACUGUAAACAUUCUUCAUCGCUCUAGCAGUACCUUUUAGCAAAACAAUAAAGGUGAAAAUUUCGUUUCAUUAGCAUUGUUACAAUUUAAAAUGCAAUUUGAACACGGCAAUUCGAGGGAUAACGAAUAGAACAUACAAAUAUUGGUUAUAUCCUUAUGUUUCGCAUGCAGAUGAACCUAUAUAGGGUGAUGCUAAAAAUACCGGAAAGUAUUCGUGGGAAGAACAUAAGAAUGCAAAUUAAAUGUUAACAAUGUAUAUCAAUUAAACGCGGGCCUUAAUUGUUCGUCGUUUUAAGUAGUAUUCUAUACUCUAUAUGUCAGAAUUACGUAUAGAAGUAUUCAAAGUUAUCCUCACGGGCAAAAAAAGAAUUUGUACAAUGCACCACAUUUUCGCACAGUUAAAUAAAACAACAUCACAUAUCUAGUUCAGCAGGCCACCGUUCAAUGUACAGCCAUCAUCUUCGACUUUUCAUCCAUUUUUUGUUGGUUUUUUUACCAGGGUUUCAAUACUCAUGCUUGUAGCGUAAUUUUAUAGCAUGGGUAAAAUUAAUGACUUUAAGAAUAUGUAUUUCCGCUACACUAUCAUUCCUUUCUUAAAUUUAGUGCAAGAAACUCACGAACAAUACUUUUAUUCGAAUAUAAGUUUACUAAGCCAUUUUCUUUGUGUUUUAUAGUUCCUUGAAAAUAACGAACUUAUCUGGCGGUCAGUUGGCCGUUCUAAGGAAACUCUCGCUUCUCAAGUUAACGGCUUUAAUAGAAAGAUAUUCAACUGUACAUAGAGGGAUAGGAUGGUGAGAUAGAUUCUUUGUUCUUGUUUGUUCCCUUUUUAUCUCGUUUCCUGUUUUUUAUUUCUCUGUACUUUUGGCCACAGAAGACCCAUCUUCAUUGAGUUAGAAAUUGACACGUUGGUAACUGGCAUCAAAGCCAAUCACGACGUGGUGAUUCGACAGAUAUGUAGUUUAUUUUAACUCAUUGUGCUUAUUAUAUUGUUACAACGGUGAACUGUUUAUUCAUGGCAAGUAAUCCCUUGGAUCACUUUAUUAACCAGGUCAGUUUUUGACAUGGUGUAUUUUCGUUUAGGUCUGUUCCGAGAAUUUUUAAGAAAAUUAUUUCGCCAGAUUAUAAAGGUAUUGUACAUUAUUUCAGGACGCUAUUUCAGUUGUAUUGUUUCCACAUAUUUUUGCGUUUGCCUGUCGAAGAGUAUUUAUUGCUGAAAAAGCAAUUUAGUCGGAGCAUAAAUUGUUUUAUUCCUUGUACUGCAGGGAAGAACGUCUUCGGAGUACCAUUUUCAGUCAAUGUUCAGCGGACUGGUCAUUCAUUACCCAAAACCAUACUCAGCGCAAUCAGUCACUUACGUCAAUCUGGUAUGUCUUCUUUUCUAAUUAAUAACUCUUCAGUAAGAUAAUCGACAUAAAAUUUUAGUGGUUAUAUAGAGCGCAUUCCUUUCACAUCUUGGAACUGGGCUUGAUGCUUUUAGUUGAGUGAACUGUAUAGCAAACACUGGAGGUUUUCUUUGGGUGUUCCGGUUUCUUUUGUUGUCACGCUAAGCCAUUAAGGAAUGGCUCAUUCCUGAGCCAUUAAGGAAUGGCUCAUUCCAGAAGAGCAUUCUGGUCUAACUGCGCACAAGUCAAUAGUCACUGUUAUUAUCCACUCUAAAUAAAGUGACUUUAGUUUUGCAUCAAUCAAACUAUCACAGCUAUAGAUCACAUAUCAUUAUACAUGUAAGUUUGUGCUUGCCGUACUGAUGUUAUCUCAUUAUAUAUUUCUUUUUUAUCAGCACUCCAGUCAGUUGGGUUAUUCCGAAGGUCUGGUGGUAAACAACGAAUUCAUCAACUGAAAAUUUUAAUGGAAGAAAAUCCUGGUAUGAUUAAAACACAAAUUAAGGCUUGUGUUCCAGGGGCGGAUCUAGGGGUCGUCAAACCAGUCACGCGACUAACAUAAAAAUUGCAAACUUAAUUAAAGUCUUAAAUAUUCGACCAAUAGUCCAGUUAUUUUUUAUCAUGCAGCGACACCUUAUAAUAGUCCAGUAUCCAUUAUCAUACAGCGCUAGCAAUUAACAUUCUAAUCGAACUGUAGUCCAGUGAUCAAAUUUCAUACAGUGGCUGAGCCGACGAGCUUAGUCAAGUCAAUGAGCAGCUGACAUACGCAAAGUCGGUCAGUCAAAAAGUCAAAAUCCAGUGUUUUGAUUGGUCUAGACGCUUAUUGCCAUGGAAACAAGCAUUUUUUCGCGAUUUUGACUGAUCUGUGGGGGAGUUCUGACCGAUUUACAAAAGUCAGGGGCGCUCCAUUAGUCGGAAUAUCAAUAAUAUUUGACGCGUGGUAAAGGCUUUCCGAGCGCGCGCUCAUUCGAAGUGUCAUGUUGUAGCUUUGUCGAAAGAUUCAAUUUAAAGAUAUCUACGGAAAAUUCGGAAAUGUCUGCUGCUUCAGACUCCAGUCCUUGUAGUAUUUACGAAACGGCUCAAUCCGCAUUUGCGGUGAAUGAUUGAACUGUUUUACAAGACUGUUGCGCUGAUCUUGGGAGGAAAAUCAACGCUAAAUAUCGGAGAGUUCCAUUCAGUGGGCAGUCGCUAAGCGGCGUAAUGCACAUAUCAACGGCCUGCCCGGGGGGUACACCCCCGGGACAACCGGGGGGAAACGAGGGGGAAUUUGGUAUUUUAGCCGUGUAUUCUGCCCGUGAACCCCGGGGAAAUUACAAACUUCGCAAUAAUAGGACGACAGGGGGAGGGGAAGUAGGGGACUUUGACAUGACAAUUUGAAUUUUAUAAAUGAAGUGAACAAUUGGUGCAAACUCAAAAUCGCAGGCUCACGAAGAAAAAUAUCGAUCGCCAACUUAUUAUUUAUGAUAUUUUGUAGUGGUCUUGCUAAAAUUUGAAUAAAUAAAUACAGAAUACAUGAGUGCCAUUGUGAUACCCCAGUUUGUAUGAUAAUUUCAGGGUGUUAGCCAGAAAAAACCGUUUUGUCCGUUCAACGUAAAUUGGGAAAUUUUUUUUUGACCGAUCAAAGUCCUUGUGUAGGAAUAAAUAGUGUUUUUUCCAACGUGUUUCUUCUUAGAUGCAAACAACAGUGGCUUGGUUUUUUCUAUUUCAUUUCCGGUGAAUGAACACGGAUGCACACCGAUGCAGGCACUUUGUUUUGUACAUUUGAUUUCAGUGAAUACACACCCAAUAUGAAUGAAACGUGAUACAUUUUGAGAAAAUAGUUAAUGGAAAAAGUAAAUAAAACGUUCUUUGAUAUAAUAAUAUAAAAUCAAAUGCAAUGCACUUUCUCAUCAGAAAAAAUGAAAAUCUUCCAGUAGACCCAGUUGGGAAAGUCCCUUAACUACUUCAAUUGGGAAGAGUCCGUCAAACGGACGGACAGUAUAUGGGCUAGCUAACACCCUGAAUUUUUAAUUGUUUGUAUGCUAUUUAUAAUAUGAACUACUUUAUUCUAAGCCCCAGGGGGGAGGGCAGUUUGACUUACACAUUUCCCGGGGGAGGGAGGGGGAAUUAAUGCAUUAGAAUCAUGUUUUUUCAAAGUCCCGGGGUGUCCCGGGGGUGUACCCCCAGGGCAGGCCGUUGAUAUGUGCAUAAGCGCCACGAAUAGCUGAACUACAGUUCGAUUGUUUGAGUAGAAGUAUUGGCGCGGAGAUCUUUAUUCUGAAGUGCAAUAAGGUAAACUUAAUGUGAUAUGUAAAUUUCAUUUCGUUUUAGACAGCAUAACAAUAUCUAUAAGCGAUGUGCUCCAUGCAUAUGUAAAAUUGUAACUUGAAUACGCGUAUCUUGAUUUAGCUAUGAAUUUUGAUUUACACAACAAAUUUGCAUAUUAGUAAUUCUGCGGUUGAAGGUCCGUCAGAACUCAGAAGGCUGUUAAUAUGGAGGAUAACCUAUAUAAAUGCAUUAAUGCAGUGUACAUAGGAUAUAAAGGUCAGGUUUUAUAGGUGAAUGUUAAGACUUUAUUUAUGUUUAUUUGAGUAAUAUAACACUGUAGUGAUUACUAAGUGAUCAAUGACUCAACAAGGCUAUAUAUAUAUUAGGCAACAAAAAUGAGUGUAGUACUAUCAUGAGCUAGUUAAACAUAAUAAUAGCAACCCGUAAUUUGGUAAAAUGAAACAUCUUCCACAAUUAUCACAUUUCUGCAAGUACUUCUCCUUUACUUUUCCCUAAGGAGCGAGUUGUGAGAGUCAGUCAGACUGAUAGUUGCUAUAAUUAUCUCCCAUUUCAUGAAGUUAAUUUUUUGUUGAAGCUGCUUUCAGAGUGAUGCAAAUUGCGUUUCGGAGGUUUAAAAAUAUAAAAAUUCCUGGGGAACAGACCCCCCUAGGUGCUUCGCGCAUUCGCCACCCACAAACUAGAUUGUACAUCCGAAAACUUUGACUAACGUACGAAAAAUCCUGGAUCCGCCCCUGUUGUGUUCUGCUAUAUAUUAGCUAUACUUAAUAUAAGUUUUGUUUUGUAGAAUCACCAACGUAUAUUUAUUAUUGCAAAGGUUUCGAUCCUCCCGGAUCUUCGAAGAUUAGUGCAUGCUAACAAUGUAGCCUAUGGAUCUUCACUGAUGAAUAUAUGGAUCAUAUAUAUGGAUCGCAAUAAUAAGUAGAUACGUGGUGUUUCCACAAACGAAAACUUAUAUUAUAUUAUAUUAUAUUAUAUUAUAUUAUAUUAUAUUAUAUUAUAUUAUAUUAUAUUAUAUUAUAUUAUAUUAUAUUAUAUUAUAUUAUAUUAUAUUAUCGCCAUGCAAAACUACAAAAAACUUGCGAUGCAAAUUUUAUAUUCUAUUCUUUUGAUCUCGUCACUUCUAGAAAUGGACGACUUUCAAGAUUGGGCUACUUUUGAUAUUGCUGAUGUGUUGAAGAUUUACUUCCGAGAGUUGCCCGAACCUCUAUUAACCGUUAAAUUGGCAGAUACGUUUUUAUCCAUUCAUCAACGUAAGUUCAAGUUCAGUCAUAAGUUAACAAUAGUAUAUAGUAACAGGAGGGCUAAGAAUAGUAUGUAAGGAUAAUUCAUUGUAUUUCCUAUUCACAGAUGUUCCGAAAGAACUAAGACUUGGAGCAAUGCAGGCUGUCGUUCUUCUCAUGCCUGACGAGAACAGGGAGGCACUACAAACUUUAUUACUGUUUCUACACGACGUUGCUCAAAAGUCUAGUGUCAACCAGGUAAAUCUUAUUCGGAAAAUUCUCUGAAAAUUUAAUGAUUUUGACAUCGUUAAUAUUUUCCAUAUGAUGUCAUGUACACACUUAAUUAUUAAUCAAGAUUGUUCACAGUGUGCUGACGCGAUCAUUAAAAUGAAAAAUGAAUCGUAAAUUAUGAUCAUGCAGCAACUAAACCAAAACACAUGGUGGGAUGUCUUGUUUACAUGCACUAUAGAGCGUUUGCACAUGACGUCACAGUCGCCAUGUUGGUGUUCCAAUUCAAAAGAAUUUUAAUUAGACUCUUUUGUCUGGAACACCAACCUGACCGCCAUGGCUUUUGUUGAGUUGAUCGCUGAGGGAAUGAGUGUAAACGCUCAAAACUGUUUAAAAUGUACACAUGGGUUUCACGUUUUAGAAAAAUUUUACAGUGAUUGUUUGGUGACUGAGAGUGGCUCUAAAUCUAGUUGUCACUGAGAAACACAGUCGAAGCAAAGCAGUAAAAAUCUUACUUGUCUGUAAUACAGUAGCGGAAUUCAAACGGGAUGAUCCAAUGAUUUAGUAGUGACCAAGAAAAAAUUUAUAUAUAAAAAUACUAGAAAUACAUGCAUGCAACAACCCCUCGCCUAUAUUUUCCAAACAUUGUUUCAACAUGAAGUAUUCGUAAUUACGCCAACACUGAACGCAGGCUCGUGUUGCUCACGUCAUGUUAGUCAUGGCAACACGAUAAUUUUUUUUUUAAUUUUUGUACAAACCUGCCAAAAAUAUAUGAAAUUUGAACACUUUUAAAUACAGAACUAUCAAUUUCUAAAAUAUUUAAUGUAGGUCUAUUAUUGUGGUUUCUAUGGGCUUUAUUUUAAUGUAAAAUUCAAAACGAAACUCUACGUAAAACGUUUUUAAAUGUGAAUUGAAAUUAACUGCUUUUUGCCGAUAUUUAUACACUUCUCAACUCGAGCUUCAACUUAUCACUCGCACUUCGAAAUGAAACAAAUUUAAUUCGUACAGGACGCUAAUGAAAAUAAUUUGCUUUCCUUUUUAUCAUGAACUUCUACAAAACUAACAAAAGUUAAUCAGUUAACUAAGAAACUUUCGCAAACAGUGCAUAGGAUCAAGACUUGAACAUCAAGAACAAGUCUAUAUUAUUAUAAAAUACAAAAAAGUCGUACAUAAACAAUUGAAACAAACUUGCCCUAUACUUUAGGAUUUCUCAUACACUAUCAAUUCUUAUAAAUGUUUACGUUUAAAAAUUGCAAAAAAGUUGUACAAUUUGUUAUGUGAAACGAUUUUCCAAGCUUCUGACAUGUAUUUUUUAUAUUUUUUGCCUUCUUCACUCCUGGCAAACAGCCAUAGUUUGAGAUCAGUGAUGAUCACCCACUCAACACCGUUGGUCACGCCCGCGAUCAUUGAUGAACUUUAGACUUCGCCACUGGACUUCGCUAAUGCUCUCGUUUCCCCGGGUGUAAAUAGCCGGGCGGAAUUAGUACCCUUUCCCCGGGCUCACGCCCGGAACGGAGCUCCGCGCCGUUGGCUCGGGGACAAGUAUAAAAUCUUUAAAUUCCGUUUGUCAUGUUUUUGGUUAUUUCUCAACAGUGCUGAAAAGAAUAUUAUAUGUCUGUUUCAGAUGACUGCAAGCAACUUAGCUGUUUGCUUCGUUCCUGCCUUUUUUCAUUUGUGUGGGGCGUCUGAUGAUGUUAUUGGUCAUCCAAAAAGAGUGAAAAGACCUGCGAUGAAUAAAGCAGCCAAAGAACUAACAAGUGGACUGGUAAGUCUGACAUAUGUUUUCCCAUGCGUUUCUAUAAAUAUCCCAAAUUGAAAAUUGAUAAAUGUGCAGUUCCCAAGUUGAUUAAUAUGCCAUCUUUCGUUUACUGAAAUUGUAAAAUUGUUUCGUCAUCUAUUUUUUUUCACAGGAUGCCCAAGAAUGUAUCACUCAGAUGAUUACAGAUGUGAGAAAGUUGUUUGCUGUAAGUAGAUAAUAAAAUAAGAGAGAGAGAGCUUUAGUUAUAGAGUUUUUGAAAUACUUUCAAGAGAAACCCUAUUGCUAUGUGCUAAAUAAUUAUUUACGAGCAAAUUAGCUUUUAACCUGAAAUCUGCUUCGUCAAAUAUAUCCUUGAUGUAGUCCUAAGAAUGAAGUUUUACAAAUUUCGGUUAAAUUCUAUCAAGUUCUCAUUUUUUUGGAUUUAAACGCCUCCAAUUCCACAAUAUCGGAAGGAAGAAAUUUGGGUGAGGAAUAUAGGGAUAAUGAAACUUCAUUUCUGCUAAACACAUGGAUAUAUAUAUACGUAUGUUUAGCUUUCAACAAAAAAGUCUGCCCAAAUUUAAUAUAAAUGUUUCUCCUUAGAUUCCACAAGAUACAAUGAUGAAAAGUAAAUUUUCAUACAUCGAGCAAGGAGAACCUGUAACACUCGAGGAACUGGGGAAAGUCGAUGGAUGUUCCAAUGAAGAUUAUCAUAGUUACCUCGAAACUUGCAUAGCUUCAAUACUAAAGGUAAACAAAAAGGAUAUACAUGACUUUUUAUAGAUACCCAUGAUGUUACAGUAGAUGUUUUUUGGGAUCGAUGCUUCAGGGGCAACCUCUAAAAUUUCACUAUUCUUUAUUGCGAAUCAAACUAAAUGGGUACAAUUAUAGCGAAUGCGAUCGUUUUAUAUUACCCCACAGAGGAUCAUUGUGCAUGCAUUAAAAUUAAUUAGCCUUUCUCACGGCCGAUUUUUUCGCCAUUUUGGGGGUACUGCUUCUCCCACGUUUGAGAGUCUCGGCAUCACCAAAUGCGACGUUUUAGUAUUAUAGUUGUUUGUAUAAUGGUAAAUUUACAGUUACAACUUUUAAAAGUCGCUUUUCGCUUGUUUGAGUUGUCUAGAAUCUUUCACGAGGGCAUGCAGACAAUACCCCAAAAUGGCGUAUUUUGGCUUUCGUGAGAAAGGCUAAUUAUACGAUAAUUUUUUUAUAACUGGAUAAUUUUUAAAGCAAAUUUCUACAAAUUUGCUUUAAAAAUUUUUAUUUGGGGGCCCACUUAAACUGGGGCCCCAAGGUAAAUUGCCUCUUUUCCCCUCUCUUCUGGACGCCCUAGAUAAAUACCGACGUAUUUUAAGAGGCAACACCUGUUUCCAUCUCCACCUGCUGCUGAUAAUAUGGUACACUCGAUAUUCCUUUCCCAUGCAGUUACACGUAACUAUUGUGUAAUCAGUGGUGUCUUAGUAACGAAGUAAAUGUACUUCGUUACUGUACUUGAGUACUAUUUUUGAGAAGUAAUCUAACAAAGUAAACUUUUUCGGGAGUACUUGUACUUGGAACGAAGUCGAUUUAAGAAGUAACGUUUUACUUCGUUAUUUUCAUCAUAUGGCGAAGUGUUUCGUUACUUUCUCACACUUGUUUAAUUUUACGUGAUUUAUUCCUGAUUUAUUUUAAUUUUGGGAUAGGUAAUAGGACCUCUAUAUGUGUCUGGAAUCCCUCGUUUGUGGCUUACUUAACUUCAACGUGGUCUGGAAAGUAGAUCAUGCUGUGAAAUAUUUAACAAAUAUAAAACAUUUUCCGUGUUGAUAUACAGUUAUAUCAACACGAGUGGAAAUUGGGAAAACGAGAAUUGUGUGGAAACACGACGCCCGAAGGGCGGAAUGUUUUCACACAAUUUCGAGUUUUCCCAAUUUCCACGAGUGUUGAUAUAACUAUAUAUCAAUACGGAAAAAAAAGUUUUAUAUUUGUUUUAUAAUAUAGCACAAAGAAAUAUAAAGAAAGAAAUUUUCCGACUUUUCCGUGUUGACAUUGAGUUAUAUCUACACGGCUCUUAGCCAAUCAGCGUUCAGAAUUUACAAAUGCUAUAUUAUAAUGUAUAUUAUGGUGCACACAUAUGCGUGUGCUGUUUUGUGUCUUUUAAUAAUUUUGCAAUCCUUUGUACUUCAAGUAUUUUUUAAGGAUACUUUGUACUUUUUACUUAAUUUGCCUCCAGUACCUUUUACUCUUGCUUUUACUCUUACUCUUACUCUUACUCUUACUCAAGUCGUUUUGUUGUUAAUUACGUCUACUUUUACUCGAGUACAAAUUCAAAGUAAUUUAGGCACCACUGUGUGUAAUAUCUUUCGAACACAUUAAUUUAUCGAACAAGCUUCUCUUAAAUCAACAUCUUAAUUUUCUGUUUCAUUUCUAAACAAAACACCAAUAUUCUUGUAGGAAUCACGACUAAAGUUUAAGAGUUGGUUAUCAUACACAUGGCCUGAAGCAAUGACUUCAAUUGAAAUAUCGUAUAAGAAAGUACGAGAUGGUUAUCCAUUGAGAUUAUGGAAAGCGACGACAGAGAUUGACGCUGAACCUGACGCGGUCAUGAGACGAAUUGUUUAUGAACGGUAUGUGAAGGAACGAACGCAUUCCGCCGGCGUUCUAUGUUCGCAUGCAUGGGUGUAUUUAGCAUGCUAUCGAGUGCAAUUUGCACUAGAUAGCAUGCUAAAACAGUAAAAGAGUUAGAAUUAUGAAAACAAUCUGAUCAUCAAUAUGUAAAAUAAUAUCUGAGUAAAAUUCUAAGGUGAAGGCGUUUUCUUCCAUUAAAGAAAAAACGAUUAUGUACAAAUUUAAAAGCUUCAAAAAUUUUUAAAUUAAGAAUUGAAUUGAGAUAUGUCUUAUGUAAAUUCACUAAACCAGUAAACAGAGAAUUUACUUACUUUUGGCGCUGCGGUACCUAUCAAAUUUUCGAAAAGAGAAGCAGAUGCAUACAUCAUAUUAAAAUAAAAUUAAUGUCUCAAUAUUAUUGCUCUGGUAUUAUGUAGGCAACAGUGGGAUGAAGAAUUGAUAUCUGAAAAGGUUGUCCAGGAGCUGACGGAAAACACGCAAGUCUAUAAAUACAUCACACGAACGUCUUUACUGCAUCCACCGCGAGAUCAUGUCGUACUAAGGUAAAAUUUCUUUCCUUCCUGGGAGAGCCUAUCUGUGGUUGCACUGUUUACAACUGCUCCCGCUUUAUAGUUGACAACAGUUUUCUACUCGAAUAAACAUAUAUUUAAGUAUGCAUGAAAUAAUAUACAUAAAAACAAAUAGCGAAUGUUCAUUCUCAGAUGUAAAUGACGGUAGGACCUGGACUUUCCAGUAUAAAACGACUGUGCUGCUUACUGUGGCAACACCAAAAAAUGUUUCUCAGAAUAUGAAAUAUUAAAUGCUUGACACAAAAUCUCGUGAAUUUUAUACUGCAUUAUUUGGAACAUUUUUGUCUUAAACUGUUUCGAAAAGCAUUAGCCAAUUCUUAAGUUAGUUGUAAAACAAUCAAUUAGCACCACCAUUAGCUAAUUCAUCCCACUGUUUUGGCAGUUUCAGCAAGAAAAAAUUAAUGAUAAUGAUGUCACAUGGCAUUCUAUAAGUUUUCUUUAUUAAAUUGCAAAACAUUUAAGAAAUAAGUUGAUUACUUAAAAAUGAUCAUAACGCUUAAAAAUCAUACACGUGAUAAACUCCAUCAAAAUUUGGCACCUGAAAGACUGGCCUGACACGAGUUUCUGGUUUGAUACUAUCACCAAAUAAUCAAAUUUGCGGCCAGACGUUAUUACUAUGGCAACGCCAAAAGCAAUAAUUUGUGGGAACGGAUUCCUAGUGAUGAAUGAUCUAGUGUGAUUUUGUCAAUACCUUUCUAAAACAAUUUUCAUCUUCUUAUCGUGUGUGUGGCCAUUUUAAAUUGUUUUUAAUGCAAUAACUCAAAAGUUUAAAAAAUUCUGUACGACAGUGAAGGCAGCAUAUUACCAUGGACAAUAAAAUAAAUGGAUAGGAAACUAGCUGAGGUGACCUAAUGUUUUCAAUGGGCUGAUGGCGUGGUUGGAUGUUGAAACCUAGUUGCAAACCAAACAUUUUAGUCACCAGCUAAACAUUUUAGUCAAAGAGCAAAUAAAUAUAACUGCGCCAUUCUACGAUGAAAUCUCGUAAGUAUUCCCAGUCAAUUUUAGCAAAUAUUUCAAGCACUAAAAAGUGAAAAAUGCAUCGCAAAUUUCGUUAAAAUUGGCGACGCCAAUUUCGUAGCUACAAAUGUAAAAAAAUACAAAACAAAGACGAAAAACAUUUACCUUGAAUACUUUGUCGUGGCUUAGGCAUGUUUUUAAAACAAUUAGACCAGUUUAUGCUUCAAUAUUACUCUUUUAAAGCGGAAAAUAUAGCGAAACAACAAAAAUGCUGAGAACUUUGGCAAUACGCGUAACGUCACAGAUUGCAACAAGGUUUAGACUGUGACGUCAGGAAGUUUCCUAUCCAGUUAUUUUACAAUCCAUGAUAUUACUAGGCGUAUGGGGCCAAAUUAAAGAAGGAAGUUACCACUCGCUUGUCUAAAAAUGGCUGAAACCGUGAUGGUCUGGCAUAACCUUUCAAUUUCGUGAGGCAAGAAAGUACCCCAGACCUUCAACUUUCCUUCUCCACAUUUAAAAAUGAGAUUAUCAGCAAUGUCAAGGUUAUGCCGAAGGUCAAGGCUAAAAACUAAAAUUUUAUAACCAAUGGCAAUGAAUGGCAAUAUUGGCAUAUUAACACACAAUUUGCUAAACGUACAUAUAUAAUGACUUACAUGCAGACUUUAAUAUCAUUACCGCGCAAUUGUAAUUACAGUACGAUGUUCAAUUAUGGCUAUAUUUGGUUUUUGUCAGCUUGUAUUAUCAGGCAAAGUUUAAAAAACACCCCCGCAGUUGUCCCUUAUUUAGAACAUUUCGAAAUAUGUCUUCCAUAUAUGUAUGCUGCCUUGGUAGCCCAGUUAAUACAUAUAACGCAAUACCAAAACAAGAGAAGAGAUGUCACUCAACCCUGAAUUGGUAACGUGUAGCAAAACCUCUCAAUUUGGUCGGGGAGAAAAGUACCCCAAACUCCAACUUUCGUUCUCCACAAACGCGAUUACCUGCAAGCAAUAUCAAGGUUAUUAUGAAGGUCAAUGAAAAAAAUUAUAACCAAUGCAUGCACAUGCAACGAAUUAAUUGGACAAUAGCAAUACUACUACACACUUUUCUUAAACGUCCGCGCAUUAAUGAUUAAUUAAAUAUAAUUACUUAAUUGCAUGUAUACCAUCGUAAUUACAGUAGCAAUGUUUAUUUAUCACUGUAUAGUUGACACAGUUAAUAUUGUCAUGCAAAGUGAAAUAAUUUUACUGUUAACAACCAACGUGCCUAACAACUUUGUUUUGACAUUUAUGUGAAACUAUUAAAAUUAUUCUUUGUAACUCUCGAAAAAGCUGAUUUGCUUUGGUAUAUUUUUACUUUUGAAUAUGAUGAAUAAAAUUCCAUCCGACUUAAGAGACAUGCUGCCUCUUCCACGCGGGGAUGCCAGGGUUAAAAAUAACCUUCAGUGCAGAGGAAGGAGAAAAGACACCUGUCUUUCAUGAAUUCAAAAACACUUGUAUAGCCACUGAAGUUUCAUGUGAUCUGGACAAAUUUUGAGUUCCUUCCUUGGCAAAUUAUCGAUGACCUAGUGUCCCAUUCCAAGUUAGAGGGCCAUAACUGUCGUCGUUGCCCAACAAACACGCAUGUAUAGUUUCAAUGCAGUAGUCUAACACGACAAUCCACAGGUUUAUCUAGUAUGGUUUUUAGUGUCUUUUUAUACACUAGAUAAUUUUAUUAUGUUUCUUUAUUUUCUAGAACUUGGCGAUCAAAUAUCGACAAUGGUAAAUGUGUUAUCGUCACUACAUCAAUUGCUCAUGCUGAACCAGCAAGUUCUGAAAAUGUUCGUGCUACUGUCCUCGCGUCGAGGUACCUGAUAGAGCCCAUUGAAUAUGGACGAUCACGUCUUACUCACAUACACAGGGUUGAUCUCAGGUUAGUAAACACUUCUCAUAUUUAACUCUUCCAUAAAGACAUGCCAAGCUUUUUGCAUCGAAGAGAUCGACUUAAUAGCAAUAUGAUGAGAUCAUUAAAUCAACCUAGCUUUCUGGGCAAACCCAGUUAAAUUGAGCAAAUCUCGGGGAGGACUAUAGCCAUAGGAACAUUUUGGGUGAAUUUAUUGUAAGAUUUCAGGUUUUCCAUUACAAUCAUUGAUAAAACUUCGGGCAAACGUUUUUAACCAUCAUGAAAAGAUUUGCACAGUGUACGUAUGCAUGCGCAGAUGUAUCUUAUAAAUUGACAGUUUUAAAACAGUCAUGCGCAGUAGGAUUUAAUAUGAUUUGUCAAAAAAAACAAAAAAAAACGAUGCUGCGUUUCAUUAAACAAUGUCUUUCCAAAAUCCAACCUUUUUCUUCAAACCCUGUAGGCCUAAUUAUUACAGCUGUCCAUUUGCGAUAUAUGUUGACAUGUGCCUAACAGAUGUCAGAUAUUGACUAGUUUCAUUUGAACAUAUUUUAUAUAGCACACCCUGUAUUCUUUGUUCAACCUAGUCAUAUAAGAUAGAAGAAUAUCGAUCAAUAAGUAUAGAUAUAUUAUGUGCACUAUUAAUUAAUCCAUUAUGAAAUUUUUGGCAAGAUCAUAGAAGUCUGUGUGUCAUUGAGAUCUUGCUAUCUAAUGGCCUGAUGUCGAUCUAAGAUCCGGCUAUCGAAGUAUUCGAAGAAGGAUUGUAUUCCUAUUGUUUCUGCUUUGCCUCUCAGACAUAUCCGAGAUUUCGUAGACGUCUACCUCUGGUAUUCACUGCUGGAAAUGAUUCAGUUAUCUAUACUGUGAGAUUGUUGAGUGAUAUUCAGUUACGGUCAAUUACCUGAAGUAGCAGAUCUUGCCCUUGAGUCCUUGACUCGUAUGGUCAAAGGUUCCCAGUAAUUGGACAGAUUGUAUUUUCUGAUAUGUUAUAUAAAAAGGCUGUCUUGUAAUUGGCUCAAUUCAACAUCUAAUUUAUAAUGCACUCUUAAAAAAAGUCUACAUAUUUUGUUAUUUUGAGCAAAUUAAGUUUCAUAAUACGUGACAGUGCUAAUAUUAAAUUAGCUGGCUACCCUAUAAAGUAUAAUAUGGCUACACUAUAAAGUAUAAUAAUUUCAACAACAGUUCACAAUUUACCUGUCUUUGUUCAAUUUUUGCAAUAGAAAACAGCAGGGAUCGAUAACUUAACUUUUUAACUGCAUUCGCAUAUGCUCACGUUUCAUUUCGCGUGGAAACUUAUCGUCGGAGAGAGAGUAAAACCCUGGCUUGGCAAGGUUUUCGGCGUUCAGGCGAUCUCGCCUCAUUUGCCAGUCAUAAAAUCGGAUAAAAGAGCUACACACGUAAAUUCCCCAAGACUACAAUACACAUUACUCAUAAGCGAUCGUGACAAUAAUUGUCAUUUCUUUCUAGUAUACGGAACACAAAGAUUGCUCGAUAAUAACAAUGAAAAUUAGAAUGAUAUAGAUAUGUCUUGAAAAUUGUAUUGCUGUAACCAAGGCCGCCGAGAUGUAACCAUGUACAAAAAUCCGGCACACUGUUGCAGAAAUAUCUGGAAAAUUUCUGAAAAAUUAUACAAAUUUCGUAUUCACGUAUAAGCGUGGUUCACACAAGUGAAAUAGGUAGAAGCAUAAGAAACGACGUACAAAAGGAAAAAAAAUAAUUAUGCAGUGAAGUAUGCUACAUACACUACAGCAAGCUUUGACGUAAGCUCAAGCUUAAAGCACAACUAAAACGCUAAGUAUAAGCUAAGGGAAACAAAAGACAGUUAGAAAGAAAAUUCUUUCCGUUUUGUCUUUGCAAAUCCCAAGGUAAAAUUUUCUUUUGUAUUCCUGCUUAUAUGAGUUAUGCUUGUCUCACUCGUGUGACCUAGGCUAGGUUGCAGUAAACUGGCCUGUGAUUAGAUCACUCCACAACCGCAUAAUUUUCAGCAUAUGUGACAUUUGAAAGUGUGCCGGAAAGAUUGAAUAUCUUAUAGACCCAAUGUCUCCAAUAUGAGUAUCAUAUCUUGAUUUAAUCGUCAGAUUUUGUUCUUGAAAUUUUACUAGUGUUAACGUAACAAGUCAUAGAACUUUAUGGGAACCACUGAGCAGGGGCGUAGGAAGCAUCAAAAGAUUGGGGGGGGGACACUGGCUUCCAGGGGCACUUUUGGAUAUUGAAAAGGGCACCAAAAAAUUUUUUUCCCGGAAAUGUUGGGUGAAGGAAGAAAUAUUUUCUUGCCAUACUAUACCAAAAUUGCACGUCUUUGACGAAAUUUUUUCGACGAAAUCGAAAUUUCCAAACAAAAAAAGGCGCCUUUGAUGUUAAUUUAGUUUUUACAGUGCCAUUAGCUUGUAUAAAAGGGCACUUUUCAUCACAAAAAAAGGGCACUUUUGGUCCUUUGAAAAAAUUGGGUGGGGGGCCACGUGCCCCUUGUGCCCCCCCCCCUCUCCACGGUUCCUACGCCCCUGUAUUUUAAUGAAAUACAAAACAACUCCAAAAAUGAACAUUUUAAACUUUCGACCACGUUUUGGCCAUCGUCAGCUGAUCAGGAAUAAAAAAAUGCAAAUCUAAAAGAAUCUAAAACGUAUGGUCGAAACUAGAGCUACAAAUGUUAAAAUGUUACCAUUAUUUUGUAUUUCAUAGAACUUUAUCAUUUUAUCUUUUGUAUCAUAUUGACAUAGAAGUCUUAAAAUAAUAGUAUACCAUGGCGGUAUGCAUGUGCAUCUGUACGGUAAUUUUAGAGCCGUAUUACAAUGACUGUAGUUAUUCAUUAGUAAUGCAAAUACCCGAAAAUAUUUAAAAUAAGGCGAAAUAUUAUAUAGGAUAUGUUAACUAUUAAAAAAACCAAGCAUAUGUGCAUGUGCCGUGUGCGACUGCAUGAUGAAGUAAGAAAUGUACUAACUUGCUAACUCAGGGCCAAGCGGCGAAAAAUAUAGCACAUUAUUUCAUUAAUUCACUUAUUUCUAACAAUGUUUUAGAUAUUAUUCAGCUAUGGAUCUAAUUGAUUAACCCUAUACGCCUGUUAUUAUAGUCAAUACACCACAUAUUUUGUGCAUCUUUGUUCAUUCUGUCCCUAAAUUAACAUGACAGUGGUAAUUAGGCAAAUGAGGUAUCCAAUAAUGUGAAAUUGGGUAGCAUGGAUUAUAUAUAGGUCAAGGAGUUGAUACUGAAAAUUGUGUAAUUCUUUAAUGGUUAAUCCAACUGCAUAUUUCGUUGCAGGGGACGCACACCAGACUGGUACCAUGCUGCUAUGCCUCCAAUUCUUUCAAGCUCCAUUCAAAGAAUAACGAACUCGUUUUUAGACGAUGGUGACAACCAGGAGACAAACGUUUGAGAAUGGAAAUAUGAGUAUGAAACAUUAUUGUGGUAUGUUUUACAGAGGUAGCGCUCCGUCCAGGCGAGAGAUCAGAUGUUCAUACGGGGAGGAACUUGCGGUACAUGAAUUCAAGCAAAGAAUUUGUAUUGUAAUCCAGUCUUACACAAGGCGUGUCGCUAGGUGAAGAACAAUAGCCAACAGGUUGACCGGACCCUUAUGAAAACCAAUGUUGAAAUAUUCGUAUCAAUUGCUUUAAUACAAAUUGCAAAGUUAUCACGGGUACGCAAAUGUCUGCAAAUUAUUUUUGAUGUGGACUUAGUUUAUUUUAGUAGUUUAUUUCAUCGGAAGUGGAAGAAAAGGUUUUGCCAGAUUUUUGCCAAUUGAAGAAAAUUGUUAAGAGUCAGUAGUUUAAGUUUGUUUCAGUAACUGCAUGGUUCAAUUUUACUACCUACAGGAAGAAACCGGACUAUUGGGAAAAACUCGGACGCUCUGUGCCAGCGACAAUAACACCAAAAAGCUGCGGAUUGAGAGAGAUUCGACAUCGGAAAAUACAAGCAAAACUUCGACGUUUCGAACGAAGGCCCUUCGGAACUUCCCGACGACGUUUUGCUUGUAUUUUUCAGGUAGUUGAAUAUACCUCUCUAUCCGCAUCUUGUUGGUGUUACCGGGAAAAAGGCUGUUGUGUCUGGUAGAGUCAACUGGAAGUAUACUCUUCCUACAUAUGAUUAGGACAAAAAUUGGUCUGAUUAUUGCAUAUUGCAAAAAAAACACAUUUGCAAGAAUCGAAUAUUAGCGGCUUGCAUGCAGUAAACUCAACAUUCCAGCUAUUUAACCAAGACAACAAAAUUUGACCUUAUUCCAAAGUCGUUGUCAACUCAAUAUUACCUUGAAUUUUGUAAUUGUCUUUGUUUAAAAAUUCGAAAUUUGAGUUUACAAGAUGCUAAUAUUCGGAAUGUGUUUCAUCUUAAAUUUGGUAAAGGAUUUUGAAGAAUCGAAGCCCGGGGGCAAAGGCAUGGCAGGCACGCCCUUUGCCUCUGGCAUACUUUUCCUUUAUACCAUACAGAAGAAAUUAUUUUCUGUUAAUAUAUUCAAAACGACACCCAUAGCAAAUCUUACAACUUUUCUAAGCAUUAUUUAUUCAAUUUCCUCUACCUAUGUACAAGCACGUCAGAAUUUCAUCUUACUGUGCAACCAUACAUUUUUACUCGCCAGCCAAUCCCCUACAGCUGCAAUUUAUUAAUUAUGAAUAAUAUUCUAUUAAAGUGGAAGUUUUAAGUCAGACUCUCAAAUCAGUUUUCAAAAUAGAAUUCCUCCCUCCAAUCAUGCGCUUUUGGUCGCAUUGAAAUCUGCAAUAAUCAGUGUUGUGCUUGUUGUGUUGUGAUUGAACAAGUAAAUAAUUUUCUUAUAAAUGAACAGAGCCUUGUACUGACUUAUACUUCCAUUGAUAUGAACAUUUCUGUAUUAGCCAAUCCGUGAAUAGAAUCCUGAUUCAAAAUGGACCUUUACGCAAUCUUUGCUAAUAUAUACCUACUUUGGGCGUAAUAGUAGUUGAAAUGCUCGGUGCUUGAGUUUAGACACUUAAAUUUCAUAGUCAACACCUUUAUAUAGGCCAAUAUUCGAAAAAUACACGAAAAACUAGGUUCCCAGGUUGUCAGUAUUGAUAGCUAAACACCCACACUCACCCACACACACAUUGAUUAAACAUAUAGUCGAAACAUUGGCAUUUUACUGCCUAAUACAGUCACAACAAAUUAAAACACUGCAGUCUGUUUUGAAACAAAAUACAUAGGGAAUUUUAUCGCCCCAUAUUUACAGCACACAGGUUAUUCUUCACCCAAACUGGUUAAAAGGCAACAUAGUUGUAAGGCGUCUGUUUUUCUACAUGCGAUUAUGUUUGUAUUUAAAUUUAAUACGAACUGCCACUGACUCACUGCAAGAGUUCUCUAAUUAGGUUGUUUAAUUUUGUGACCCCCUUUUAUUCUCUCACGGUGUAUUUAGAGAUAUUUUGAAAAUCGAACGCUUCAAAACGUUCGUCAUUCAUAGUCAAGCGGUGUAAAACACAGGUGAAAGAACAAAAACUGUAGAUAAUGGUUCUUGGAUGGAUAUUUAUAUAAGCGUUGUCCUUGCAUUGUUAUGCGAAAUUUCAGUCGAUGAUUGACAGUGAGAAAAUGAUGCUUUUGUGAUUUUGGACAAUCGAAAAGUAAAGUAAUCUUCUCUGUACGACUGUCUAGGGAUUUUAUUGUAUCUAACAUUGUAAAUGUUUGUGGAGCUUUCACUCUUAUGUUCUUGUGUACUUGGAAACCUUCAAAUUCAAAGAACUGAGGUAAAAUAAGUUAUUUAUUGAGAGAACCAUCUAAAGUUGUGAAAAGGAAUUUCUCCACUGUAUUCUGCGCUCUAAAUUUUAAUGUCUUAGACUCUCAUCCUCGUUUGACCAGAGCUUUAUUUAUAGGCUGUUUAGUUGACUUCGCAUAAAAUAAAUGCCAGCUCAAAUUACAUAAAUAAUUCCACCUGAAAUGAUAAGCAAAGAUUUGCGCAGAUUACACCUAAUAGUUUAUUUUUCAUUUCCACAAAAACAUGAAAGUCAGAGAUGCAGUUCUUUAGGAGGGCCACCUGGUCACCAUAUCAUCAAGCUGUUUUCAUAAGUGUUAUUUUUAUUCUUUAUACACAAUCGCAUUUACUGCUAAUCCUUACUUGCGCGUUAAUUUGGCGAGCUUCCACUUGUCAUGGUUCGUGGUGUUUCGUUGUAAUGCAUGCAAUGCGACAUUUACUUAGGAAAACUUCCUGUACUCUGCGUAAAAUAUAAAAAAGGGCAAUAUCAGUGUCGUUUGAACCACUUUGCAUUCUGUAUUAGAUAGUUUAAAAGCUGCUCGGACAGAGGUGGAAAAUGUAGCGUGGGGCACAAUUGAUGGGGUGUAGAAACAAAAGCCGUCACGCCAGGGCACCGAAUUAUUACGCAUUGACACGAUUACGGCCAGAUAUCAAAUUAGGCUGGUGUGUUCGCUACAAUUCCGCCGAGUGGAGUACUUGAGCGUGGCGAUGAUAUUCAACUGUACUGCGACGUAUUCAAGGAUUGCCAGACAGAAGUUGCAAGUUUGAAAGAAGGUACGUUAAGUAAAAACUACAAGUCAGAAGUGUUGACCGAACAAAAUUUCGAAGAACGAUAGCUAUGCAUGAGACCAUCAUUUUGUGGAGCUGUUCUCCACCGUUCAUUUUUGCUACAUUUCAAAUGCCCGAUUUCCCAGCGACGUUCGUAAACUCUGCGAUCUCGUGCUGCCUGUAUAGCGUGCAAUCGAUUUGACAGGGGUUAUCCCAAAGGUAUGUUUGGGGGCCGUUCUUAUUACCGGUUGCACUACAUAAGCGAGCUUUACUUGUCGACAACCAAAAUAAGUGCCCUAAACAUCUGUCGACUUGGACGUGCUGGUUUUCCCGCCUAAAUCAUGUUUAUCACGAACAGUACGUCGGGAAACGAGCACUGAGGGUUUAUGCGCCUAACGAGCUUGUAAAUUUGUGGGGUCAGAGCGCGAAAUUAAGAAGUACAAACGUAAAGGUAUAUCUAUAUGAGAGCUUCGUCCCCGCAAAGGGCACUUCCUUAUAUGCAAUGCUUAUAUGGGAACCGCGGGUGAAAGGUCAGAGCCGCUGGAAAACCGUCUUAACGUAAGACGGUCACACUUUAUUGUUAAAUCUUCUGAUCUUGACUUUCUGUUCGCACCUUGUCACUAUCAUAUUCAGCUCGCUACUGCAGUGAACUUCUCUCGCUGCGAGGGUUUAAAAAAGCGUAUUCUGAAUUGCUAAACAUGACACGGCAUGCUUCAAAUACCACACAAUCCAACCCGGUUAGAAUUUAUACGCGUGAAACUGUUUUGAAAUGCCGCCAUUUUAAUACAACUGGAUUAACGGAUAUCGAGGGAAAAGGCAAGUGAAGAUCAUGAAGUUCUUUUUGUAGUUUGUCUCUCGCGUGUGUAAUAUUGAUGAUGAGAGGCAUAGUUUUGCUUGGCGGGGGAUCAAGUGCAUAUAGCGCCCUGUCAUCGUUCGUGCAUACAAUAACACGACUUCGUUUCACUGCUAAUUAAUAUGUAAACUUUAUACAGUCAACUUAGUAAAUUAAGAAAACAAUGUUAUUCUUUUUCUGAGGAAAAGUACACUUUUAACGUUUUAUGUUUAUUUUAAAAGUAUUAUCGGUUAAAUCUGGGUUGUUGGCUACAUACGUGUUGGAAUGUUUAUGCAUAUCGAGUCUACAGUACUGACAUCAGUGUACACGAUAAGGGUAAUAAUAGUACCUACUUAUGGUCCACAAACCAUGUGCAACCACGCAUAUAUUGUGAUAAUAUAACAAUGAUGUCUGUGAUGUUACUCUCGAGUGUACACCGUGGCCAGGCAUAUUCAUCAAGCUUGCCCGGUGUGGAUAUACACUGAGAGUAACAUCACAGACAUCAUAUUCACCUGAGUACAUAACACCAACACAGAAAGAAAAAAAAUAUAUAUAUAUAUAUAUAUAAUAUAUAUAACAAUGCUUACAAUGUGGCAAAUGUGUAUAAUUCACCAUCUUGGUAAUUAUCAGGCUCAUCACAAUCAGUGAGCAUGUAUAUAAUCAGUCACGAUUGCGCAACUUUGUCUGAUAAUUAACACUUAAACGGUCUGUGCCAGCAGUGGCAGUGUAGGCAGUGCCAAUAAUAAGAAAACUUCGGAUCGACAUGCAGGGAUACAACUACCUGAAAAAUACAAGGAGAACUUCGACGUUUCGAGCGAAGGUCCUUCGUGAUCCUUCGUCGCUAACUUCCCAACGAAGGGCCUUCGCUCGAAACGUCGAAGUUCUCUUUUUCUUUCAGAAAGCUUUCCUUUUUUUUCAGAUAUAGUUGUAUCCCUAUAUCAAUCCGAAGUUUUCUUAAUUAACCAACACUUACGUUCAUCGAAUGAGCCGAACUACAAAUCACACUCCGUUCCAAACGAGGAUGAGAGUUGAGAAGGGAGAAUUUGCAAUGCAGGACUCUCAUGUCCUGCUCAACUGACGAGAACAAGAGAUGCGUGAGAGAUGAUGAGAUAUUACCGGUCAACCCUAUAUCAACUCGCAUAAACUCUCAUCAAAAUUUGAACAGCUCAAUGUUGAUGAGAGUCGAUGAGAGUUGACCGUGAGCGAGAGUUGCAACUCCUGUCAUCCUCGUUUGACCGAGUUGCUCUGUGUUGCGAAUUUUAAUUAUAAUACUACUGUCGAUGCAGUAUUUCGAAGUGCCUGUCAGCAGCGAUUUACAUGCAGUACACUUUCAGAAAAACGUAUAAUAACAAUAUAUAGUGCAAGUUUCAUUAUUACCUGCUUUGGUCAGUGAUUGUUAUAGUUCAAACAGCUGGCAAACAAUUGGGCAAACAAUUGGGCAAACAAUUUGGCAUUUUGGCUGGUUACAUUGAGAGAAAACUCAUCUUUAAGUUUAUGCCAGUGCGCUUACGUAACUCGGUUUUGACCAUCUCAAAAAUUCCUACGCGGUUCAAAACUAACUAAGCUUUACUGCCUUUCAGAGGUUUGGGUUGUCCAAAGUUGCCAACCAGUACAGUAUAAAAAGUAUGCUGUCCGCAAAAUUUGCAUUUAAAUUAUACAAAAUAACAAUUGUUUUUAUAUUCACUUGGAAUAAGUACGUAAUAUAUAGAUCGGUUUCUACCAUUUGGCUCCAAUAUUCAUGGUGAAUGCAUCACCCCCUGCAUGGCAUACACCUGCUAAACCUCGACUUAAUUUUCUUGCUUCACUUUAGAUCAGUGCAGUAUUUGUGUUUAAAUUAAAUAUUUAUUUCCCACCCCCAUGCAUCGAAUAUUGAGAUUUAGUGAUUUAGAGCAAGUGCUAUGACUAUAUGUGGUUUAUACAACGUUGAUUUGAGGGGAGGGGAAAAUGGUCCGACGGUGUUUUUGAAGGUGUUGGUUGUUGAGGAAAAUGUUUAGUACUGAUAUGAAUAUGGAUUGCUCAAUCACUGAAUUGCUACUAAAUACCUCUCUUUCAAGACAGCUUCUUGAGAAUCAUAUUCUUUACUUUGAUCGUAAGAUUACAUCACCUGAUAUAUAUCUUAAGGAUCUACGACCGAUCGAAUUAGAUAUGAUUGUUAUCAGGCAUAGAGCACGUUUGUGUACAGUAUUGGCUAUUUUUGUUCAUAUCCAGUUCUUUCAUCAUACUGCACUUAAAAUUGAUUUCAGAUCAUUUUGACGAAAUUAAGAUGGUAAAUGUUCUACUGUAAUUUAUCAUUUUUUUAUCGUCGUUGAUGACAAGAUAAAAAUUAGAAGCAGUUUUGAAAAAUGAUACUCAUGAUUAGACAAUAAGCCAAUAACUUCUUGUAUACACAUGCACAUCUUAUUUUAACAUUAAACCCUGAAUUGAUGGGAUUUCUCCUCUCUUGGUGUGUUUCUGACUCUUGGAGAAAUCUGCCUAGUAGUUUAUACCUAUGAUAGGAAUUAUCAUUCACUUUAUAGUGCAGAUAAUAGUCUGAGCAUGCGCAUUUGUUACAAACGUUAGCUCAGCUACAUGAUUCUGAGCAUUGCCUUCAAUUUUUGUAAACAAUGACUUUUUGUCGUUACUUUUGUGUGAAAAGCUCGUUGUACGUUUCCUAGUUACAUGAAAUGUCUUAUAACGAAAGAUAAAACGAAGCUUUAUAAGAGAAUGAUAAAACAAUUAUUGAACUCGGUUCUCGCAAAAUAUCGUGAUUUGUUGGUGGCUCGCAGAUCAAUUAUUUCCCUCUGCCAGUUUGGCAUCGGCACUGAAUAAUUGAUCUGCUCGCCACCGACAAAUCACGAUAUUUUGCUCAACCUCGUCCAAUAAUUGAUAACUGUCUGUCAUACGAUAAAAAAUUUCGCUGUAUGCGCCUUUCUCGAUGGUUCUAUUGCUCCAUCCAAGACAAGUCUUGAUGUACUGAAUGAACUGAUGAACUAAAUUAAACUAACCUAACCUUAACUAAACUCUAAACUAAACUAAUUAGACUUAGAUUUUUCUUUCAAUACUGUGCAUGGUUCUAAUAAAAACCGCGACACAAUUGUAAGUUUAUCCCAUGCAGACGUGAGUUCCUGUUCCGCUAGCUAACAUAAAUAUAGGCAAUAUAAAGAACCCUUUCGACUAUAAGUGUUAAGAUAUUGGUUACUGUUGAUAACAUUACCUCUUCAGAGAACUUAUAUUUAUAGCCGUAACAAAUAAACCGAGCCCUUCCUUUUACUGAUGGGACAUAAUAUAUCGUGGGAAAAUGCAUGCGUGUUAUCUAGAACUUUGCUUGAAACUGAGACUACCAUAUACAGAAAAUUGUAAAUUUACAAAAAUGUGGAGAUACUUUAGGCUGCAAGGAAUCAAGGCAUAUUAAUACUAAUAAAGCGCUCUUUCAUCUAAUCAUUUAGUCCCAAUAAAUUGCCAAGAUCGUGAUAGGCCAUAUAUCCGCUCACAAAGCUUCCAGUAUUUACAGUAAGUGUAAUGUAUAGUAGGGCGCUUAUAUAUGUACUAUAAUAAGCGAUUAAAGGUCUGAUGUAUAUUUAAUGAAGAUUUGAGAAAAAUAUUUGUAUCUGGGGAGAACGGUAUCCAUGAAUAUAGUCAUAAAUAAUUUUAACUUAAUUAACUGACGAGAUGUUGUGCCAACAUCAAUCCAAUUUUAACACUCAUGCAGUUUAGUUAACAUGUUUUAAUUUUCGAAAAACCGGUCACUUUCCAUCACUGCUAUACAUGCAUUCACCAUGCAUGCUACUGAUGGCAUCUAUAACAAACUAAUUGCAGCCUUCGGGCAUCUUUUAUCUGAUAUUGAAAUUCCUCGUCAGUCUACUGAAUGAACCUGGAUUUCUACUAACGUCUUGAGAUUUUUCAUGGAAAAUUCCCCAAUGUUUUAGGCCCGUUUUUCCACUAUUGGCUAUUUCGUUCGCACAAAGUGACUUUUCCCUUUGUCGCCAUGUUCUCUUAUAGCCAUAAUCUACAAUCUUAUUGCCAUAAUCUAAACAGUUUUCGAGGACGUGCAAGGGCAGGAACAUUUCAACCUUUGUACGGAGUUCAGUUUAGAUAAAACGUUUGGUGAUUGAAAGGGAAAGAGUUAGAAAUACAGUGAAAAUACAAAUGAUGUAAGAUUAUUAUUAUUCAUCUUAUUUAAUGGGGCCGUUAAAAUAGUUACAAAUAUGAAAAAUCUAUUACACACUAAAUAUAUAUUUAAACUUAGAUUGAAUCACAUACUGUAUAUAACUAGAAAUAGUAUGUCAUGUUAUGUUAUGUUAUGUUAUGUUAUGUUAUGUUAUGUUAUGUUAUGUUAUGUUAACCCUCCCAGACCUAAAACUUGCUCCUUCGAAUCAAAAUCCGCCCCACAAGUGGUUGUCACACACUAUUCCUCUCCAAAUUGGUGAAAUAGUUGUUGGUUAAAGUUUUGAAGUUACUUAUGGAGAGCUCUUUAUAGUUGCAGCACCUCGAUAUGAAAACGAUUUCUUCAUGAAGAUUAUCCUCAACUUACAAUAAUUAUCCUCAACUUACGAUAAUUCAUUAUCUAGAAUUUUGUAUCUGCACUGGAAAUCGGUGUAAACUUGGAGAUGGUGGUUCCUCUCCACCGUGUAUUCUCCGGAGGCUCGCCCUCGAUGUAUAGGCCUAAAAUUCUGAUAAUAUUAUUCGAGACAUGUGAAUCAUCAUCAGAAUUCAAGAAAUUGCGAAUACCCAUUCCAACAAAAUAACUGGAAUCUCUAUGUAAUCUAUUUUUCCUUAUGUCAACGCGACAUUUUAGAGACAAACGAGAUUGCUUUCCAGUGAUCUAUUCCAAAGUCACGCCAGCUGUUCCUUUGAUUGUGGUGUAAAGCAUAUGUUCGUACAAGAUAAUUAUGCGUCUAAAAAUCAGUCUUCCUUAAUUAAUUAAUUAAUUCUGUAAAUGAGUUGGUGAACAAAAGGGCAAAGGUUAAAGGCAUACUACUGCGUCUUGAGCUGUUUAAAUAUAUGUUGACAAGUUUUAUACAAAUAACUUGAAAGAAAUGUGAAGGCCACUCAUGACAAAUGGUGGUAUGUCUCAAUUACACAAGAUUGCGCAUUCGGUGACAGAAUUUAUAGAACGUCCAGAAGGUGGAGAGGUAUAUAGGAUCCAUUUCCCAUAUAUACAAAGUUUCUCUAAAUCCCCUCUCCCAGCCAUUUUUUGACCAAAUUCCAGUCCAACUAUAAGAUUGAAAGUAAUUCAAGCGGAUGGCUCACCUAUAUGUGAUGAGCAAAAAAAAUAUAUAAACCUGUUAUUUUCUGCAAUUAAAUAGACUUAAGCCAGGAUCAAACGAGGAUGAGUACACAUGAGAGUUUGCAGUCACGCGACCAAUACUCACCCUCGUACAUUAUGCAAUACACUUAGUAAAUCACCGACUCGCAAUAUCAGAAAAAUGACCACAUCGAGCCGUAAAUCGGUUACAGCUUUUUUGGACAAAUUCUUCAUCAAAAGUUAUUAAACUUAUUUCACUCUGAAAUGCCCAACUAUAUAAAUGUCUUUAUAUAAUGGUAUGCGGGUUUUUCCAUUCCCAUUUUUGUUCUGUCAUUUUCAGUCCCAGUAUUCAGUAACCCAAAAUCUCAUUUCUCCAGUCCCAACUAUAUGAAAAUAAGCAAAUCCCAGUUCCCAUUUUACCUUUUCAGGACGCUCUUUAAAAUAUCUUAUCACUGAAUGUUGAAGUCUAGUGUCGGAGGCCCCGAAUAAUCGGUGACAAACAAAAAGAUCCAGUUAGGGGCCGAUUACAUGGGCCGGGCUAGCCCGGCUGAGCGAGAUCGGACUUUUAAUUUACAAUUACAUGUAGCGGGCCAUCCCGGUUAAUUGUAUUAACCGGGCUGAAGUAAGCUCAUCAUACUAAAAAGUUUUAAUACUUGAAUAAUCCGCGUUGCUGGAUAUUAACUAAAGUAAAGAGUGUUUAUAUGUGGAAUUUUAGGGCUUCCCUAUAUUGUGAUUUGUAUUCGUUGAUGUAUUUAUAUUAGGUAUUGUUUCUAACGCGUUUUCUUUUCGUUUAAGCGUUUAUUGAUGCUCAAUAUUUGUGCUAUUAUUUGUUUACAUUUUCAAAAUAAAAACCGCGCGUUUGCAAUUUUCUUUACAUAGCGAAUUUCAGCCCGGCUAGCCGGGCCAGUUCGGUUGCGACAGCCGCGGGCUGGUCCGGCUGCCAUGUAAUCGAAACUCAAAAUUUAUAUGAUUCAGGAUGGGUAUUGAAGCCUGUGCGCGGGUUUAUGCUACACAAUGAGCGAUAUAAGGCCGGUUUACACGACUGACAAGCUUUUUGGGUACGGCACCCCUAAAAAUGGGCACCGUGCCAAAACUCCCACUUCGCUAUUUACUCGUUUACAUGACAAUUUAUUGUAGACACAAUUUUAAAAUAGGCCAAGCAACGUGCCCAUGCCCAUGGGUAAACGGCACCUCUACUUUCCGUUUACGACGGUAUAUAUAUUUUAAAGUUGUCGGACAGAAGUAGAGUUAUAUAUUUAUAUUUAUUGAAACGAAGAAGAGUAUUACAUCAGCCGAAAAUCGAGAAGAAAACCCACUUCAAUACUAUAAAAGUACGUUAAAAGACGAAAGGAGUUGUUUUUUCGCGUAUAAAUGUUGUGUUAUCUUGUAUUCACCCGCGACAAAUUUGAGAGGUAUGGACGCAUCCUAGUUGCCUAUAGUUACUGCCAUCUCUUUUACGGUAAAAUUGAAGCCAAGAAUAUUCCAGCGGUUAACCAUUUGAAUAGAUGGCGGCCAUGUUGGAGUUCCCAUUCGCACAGUAACUUUCAUCAUUUGAAAAUGUAUUUGGAAUAGGUUUAACUUAAUGUUUAAGCUCCCUGUUUAAGAAAUAGGAAACAUACGAGUCUUUUCAUUUCAUGGGAAUAUCCUGAGUCUGCAAUCACGGCUUCAAUUUUUGAAUUGCAGAAUAAUUAGAUGCACUAUCUAGUGUAUAUAAGAUAUCUAUGGUUACUGCUCUAUUCAGCGACAAGUGGCAUCAAAAUUUCCGAGUAACUAGAGCAACAUUCACAGCAGUGGCGUAAUGCUUAUUGGGUAGGGUUAGUUCAAACACUAAAGGCCCCGACAGUUAGGGGCCCCCAUCAGCCACGGCCUAUCGCCCAGAAAAUUAGAAAACGUAAAAAAUGCAGGUUAAGAAUCAAUGGGAAAAUGCAAAAUUAUAAAGCCUCCAUUGACAACGGUAGCUGAUUUUGUUAUUCCAUCUCAAAUAAAACAAAAGUUAUUGUUAUUAGUUGUUACACUAGACUGUUAUUGCUACAGGCUCGGAAUUUUCCAGAACAUUGUAUAAAUAUUCAAUAUAAAUAUAAUAUCUCAGUCAAACAAUGUCAAGAGUCAACAGGGGCCCCUACACCAAAUAUGCCUAAGAGCCCCUCUCUUCCUGCAAUUAAGUCUCAAGGUUCAUAUUUCAUUUGGGCGUUUAAGAAUUAGAUUGCUUUAUUUAUCGGAGAAAUUCUAGAUAUUUUUAAGUGCCUUUUCAAGAUUUUUAAGGACGUUCUUACUAACAUAAAAAUUUUCUUCUCAGAUUUGUUAGAAGAUUUCAUGAUUUUUUUGAAAUUUGGAGAUCUUUGGAGCACAAAAAAAGUCCAUCAUCGUUAAUCAGGCAAUCAGUUUUUCAGAAUUUUAGCGCCAAGAAAGAUGCAGAUAUAUAUAGAGACAUUAAAUGUGCAUUGAAAAAGUGGACUAGUCUCAAAAUCUUACAAAACAUGAGCAGUACAUUAUUCAGUACUUGCCAAAUAAAUGAUCCAUGAGAAAUCGAAAAGUAACUUGAUCUCUGCAAAUGGAGUUUUAUCUUUUUGGUCAAUAUUAUAUUGUUUGACCCUGAACCGUAGUUUAGCUAAUAAAAACACAAGUGAAAGCAACUCUAGCUUGUACAAACUAAUUAUAAUGCUCAGGAGUAAUUGUGUCUCAAGUCAAAUUUGACAGCAGCAACAUCACUGCGUGUAUAAACAAAUCUCAGCUGCAAGCCUGUAACAAAUCUGAUUGGGUCAUACUACAGGCCAUUGUCAUUGAAUGAACAUCCUCUCAAGCAAAAAGAUAUACGUCUGGUAAACUUGUACACUCACUGAUCAACUAAAGGUAAACUAUAGUCUAUACUCUUUGUUUUGCGUUCGGUGGAUACAUAAACUACUUCCAAGAGAGCAACAGAUAAACAGUGAAGCAAUUAAAUAUUAAUAUAGUGUUACUAACAUAACAUCUGCGUAUUUGCAUGAAUAAUUUUCAAACUAUGGUGUAACUAUUUCUUCAAAUAAUUGCGUUAUUGAUUGUCGUAAUAUUGGUAAAGUAAGUUUACCCAAAUAUCCCUCGCCGUCAGGACAUUAUGUUGCAAAUGAGGAAGGACAAACUCGAAUAUCUAUGAAAACAAUCACGGAGACUGUGAAACAACAAUACUACUACUUUCUGUUGGGACUAAAAAGUUGGUACUAUGUACUAUCUUCAAUAUGUCUUAAAAUAUUCUUUAUGUCUUCUCUGUUUUCCCCGGGAUCUCUUUCAUCUUCGCGUACGCAAUUUUGAGCAGUCGCUCAACUUUCAUAGAAGUUCACUGAUGUAGGUCUGCGGAUCGAUCAUUGGGUAGUGAUUAUAAAACAAUUUUUCGAUAACAAUGUGCAUGCAGUGACCAAAUUGAUCUAUAUAGAAGAACAUUAUGUAUUCAAGUCUUAUUCAAUUCAACAGAUUAACCUAUCAGGAUAUAGGAGAUCUCCUACGCCUAUAGGAGCGUCCUGUUUUCUGUUCUGAGAUCGUUGGUUUGGUCGUUGCUCUAGUCUGUAACUCAGUCGACAGAGUUGCAAAAAAGCUGAGGGUAUGUGGGUACCACGUGCCCGUAAGGAAGAUUUACCAUAUGCGAGAUCAGUAAGGAAGGUUUAAAGGGGAACACUCUAUACUCCACGCUAACACUAUAAAACAAAUAAAUGAUAUUUAACUAGGUAGGUUGUGGUUGGCAAGAUGCUGAUGUUGUUCUACAUGGUGACUAUGUCAGUGAUAGUACCGACACCAAAUGGCUAGUAGGCCUAAUGCUGGCAAUAGCAGCUUUCUGCAGUAUCGGCGGUUCUGUAGUAUAAUCGUAACAUCUGCUAGCAGUCGCCAGCCUGCCACUGUUUGUCUGUAAGUGCAGAGUACAAUGCAACUAACCAGGUGAUCAAUGCUAGUAGGUACUAGUCCGUAGAAAAUAGGAAUAAGAAGCCGAUUUUGAAUGACAUAAUUGUAUAUUUUGCAAUUUGAAAAAGCCACAAUUCACAUUACUUUGAGGAAAGUUUCAAAAUUUGAAAUUUCACCCGGAGGAAGGUUGAACAUUUUUUGCAACUCUGUCAUGCAGUCAAUACUCUUUCGUCGUUGACGUGGUUCAAGUUUUUUUCCCACGUAUUCCGGUAUUCAAGCCAAAUGGCGGCUCCUUUUCGUUCAAACGUGGAAGAAUCAACAACCGGGGUCCAGGCAUUUGUAGCAAUCCUAAAUAUUACCCUAAAUCUUAUCCUACACAUAACCCUAACAUUAUAACAUCUUGUAAACACGCUCUAUAGUCCAUCUCUUUCAGUCAUUAGAUAUAUACUGCACUAGAAGCAGUAGAAGUCACUAUUGCAAGGUAAAGUGCCGUGCGGCCAUAUGAAAGCUAUAGUAUUCUGUAAACAAUUUCAAAAAUUUUAAGAUUUUAACAUACAGUGAUACAGUGUGGAAUUUACAUAUUUUUUUAUGUUUACAUGAAAUAUAUUAUAAUCCAAUGCAAACAAACAUUCAAUCAGUGUCGAGAUCAUUAGCUUUCAAAUUUGAGCUAUUAUAUGUUGAAAUAUUUACAUAUUUACACUUUACAGACUAGAUAAUUCCGAAUAUUCGGAAUCCGCAUAAUUUUGCAACUUUGAGAACUUUUUGACUUGUUUUCAAGUCUGUAAAUCCUGUUUUAUUUGUAUUUAAAAGGUUUCGAUCAUCAAUAACAUAAUAAUUAUCUAGUCUGUAAAGUGUAAAUAUUUCAACAUAUUUUAAAUAAACAGCGUCCAAAUGUAAUUCUUCAAACUCACCUCGAUCGCUUCAUUUUUUUUAUUUUAAACACGAUUUUCUAAAAUUCAAACGUUUAUAAACGUUAGAGAGUUCUCAACAUUAAAUUGCAAGACAACCAUCUGCUCGUAUUGAUAGCAAAAAGCUACAAGAAACGAUAAAAACUCACCCCAUGAAACGAUGCAGUCGUACUUUAUGUAAUAGUCCAUAUUAUGUACUAAUCGUAAAACGCACAGGUGACUGGUCAAAACUUAUUUCGUAUUUUAGAAAUGAGCUCAAAUCAAUAUUAUAUAAUAUAUAUGAAAACGUAUAUGAACUCAACACGUUAAAAUAAUUUUGACAUAAUUUACACAUCAAAAUUAAACAAAAAACAGGUGGGCCAAGGGUAGGCCAUACACUGGGCCAUGGCCUGGGCCAUGGGCCAUGUUUUACCUACACCCCACAGAACAUACAAAACCGCUAUUUAAUGAUUUGAAAAUAUUAAAUAUUUUCAAAAUUCACGAUUACCUUACCAGCUUAUUUAUGUACCGUUGCAACUAUACUAAUGAUUUACCCGACAUUUUUAAUGGAACUUCAUAAAAAAUUCAAACAUUCAUGAACAUUGCACGCGAAAUUAAAAAAAAUUGCAUAAAGUUUAUACAAGAACAAACUAUAGAAAACAAUCUGUUGUUAGUAAAGGUAUUGAUAUUUGGAAUAAUUUAAGUACUGCAGAGUUAAAAAUAUUGGAUCUUAUAUGGUUUUCAAAAAACGAAUGUGAAAACAUACUUUAUAUCACACCAAUCAGCUAACUAAUCGCCCUAUUUUAAUGUAUAAAGUUUAAAAAAUCUGAAAAAUCUUGUAAAUAGACUAACUUUCCUUUAAACACUCUCACGAUUGUAUCUAUUUUCGUUAUUAUAUUAUGUACUAUUUUUAUGACAUCAUGAAAUUAUACUAAGUAAAAAAAAGUUUUGUUAUAACUAGGGGUCUUAAAAUAAAAGCCCAAAAGGGUUUCUAAAAGAUCUCUAGCCCUAUAUAGAUUAUUAAAAUGUAAAUAGUUAAAUUUUAUUGUACUUUGGAAAAUUGGGGGAAAUGAAUUAAUAAUUGUUGCCGAAACAGUGCGGGGCGGCACGGGGGCAACAGGUUGCCCUUUUUCAAAAUUUCGAAAUUUGUGUGUUAUUCACAUGAAUUGGAAUUUAUAACUAUUUUUAAGCAAUGUUUAAGCAAUCUUCGCUUAAUUUUAACCAGUAAAGGCCUGAUUCCACGGGCGCUUUUUCUCGGCGAAAUGCGAAAUAUUUCGCCCGUUUCUUUUGAAUUGCGACCACUCGAAUAAAUUAUUUCUACUUGAUUGCUCACAAUUCAAAAGAAACAGGCGAAAUAUUUCGCAUUUCGCUGAGAAAAAGCGCCCGUGGAAUCAGGCCUUUAUAGUAAAAUUAAUGCCAGAGGCCGCGGAAUCACUUUUGUAUAAUUAUGAUCAAAAUCAAACGAUUUUAUGUUGUUCACGAGCCGAACCGGAAAAUUUUCUGAAAAUAUGGUGUCCCUAUAACUUCGGAAAUGGCCUUUACAGAGUCUUUACUACUGCAAAACGGGCACUUUCUUUCUAGUCCCCCAAAAGGGCAUUUUUUCACUUUUAAAAAAGUGGGGAGGCACAUGCCCCCAUUGCCCCCCGGUUCCGCGGCCCCUGAUUAAUGCUAAAUCAGGCAAUAUACGUCCGUUUAAUUACUGAUUUUAUUUUGCGCACUUAACAUGGUGCAACAAAUAAAAUUGUUCAAAAUUAAUGUCGAAGUUUGCCCACCCACAAUAGCCACAAGUAAUUGGGUAUCCAUACAAUAAAGUUUUAACAAAUAUUGCCGCCCAGAAAAAUGAUGGCCCAGAAGCAAGUGCCCUUUUGAAAUGGCUGCCCCCGCCGCUUCACAUUGCUUCCGGCGCCCCUGAUAAUAAUAAUAAAUAAAUGAGUUUUCUCUGCUUGCGGAUAAAAUAAGCGAGAAUACCGUGAGCGAAAGAUCGCAUCGAAGCACACAAGAGAAGGAGGUCACCGAAUGAAACUGUCUAAAAUAUGCAGAUAUUUUAAAAGACUGAAAAUGUAGUAAUACACUGUAGUGACAUUUUACAUCCUGAGAAAUCGGGUUAUUUUCAUCGCACCCCAUUAUUGCGAACUCCCGCUAUUACGGACACCAAACUACGGUCCCCACAACCUCGGUCCCAGGGUCCCCUGGGAACGAGGUUGCGGUCCCCAGGAUGUCCGCUAUAGCCAUGGGCGUACCGGAAGGAAAAAAUUAGGGGGGCGGAAAGAAAAUUGCCCGACUUUUCGGAUUCUACCCGACUAGUACCAAAAAAAUUUUUCCGGAAAAUUUUUUUUGGCGACCCCCCCCCCGUCGCCAAAAAAAUUUCGGUCAGUGUACCAUUUUAGGGGUCAAAAAAUUUUCCGGACAACCUAUAUUUUUCGGAACAUAACACAAAUUUUCGAAAAAUCACAAAAUUUGCGAAAACAUUGACUUAAUUUUAGACAAAAUUUUCUGAAUUUGUCCCAUUUUUUUUUUGCACACCAAAAUUGCCCGACUGUUGAUCGAAUAUUGCCCGACUGCCCAAAAAACUGGGGGGGGGCUGCCGCCCCCCCCCCCCGCCCGGUACGCCUAUGGCUAUAGCGAGAAUGAGUUGACUAUUUUAGAGGCUGAUGUAGCAACAUUUCUGGCGACUACAGACUGUGUAUACAUCCAGCUGUACUGUUAUUGGCAAUGAUGCUUCUUCUUACCAACAUUUUAAACAUUUAUAUUUCAAUAGAAAUCAUUCUUUAGUGUAAAGCUGUCAAAGGGUCAUCUUGAAAAAAAUUAUUUGGAAGAACAAAUACAUGUCAUUUGAAAACCUUGUUCAUUUCAACAUGGGGGUCCGGUACUCUGAAUAUAAAAUUAAUGAUAAAUUAUAUAAUUAAUUAAUUAAUUAAAGCUUGGGAAGGCCCUUCGUCGGGAAGUUAGUAGACUACUAGUUUGGCCUACUAACUUCCCGAUAAAUUGCCUUUGCUCGAAACAUCGAAGUUUUGCUUGUAUUUUUCAGGUAGUUGAAUCUAUUUUACUUCUAUUCAUUGUCAGAAAUAACCGGUUGUAAUUCUAGGCGCCAAUUAGGAUUCAUGAAACCCAACCAAUUAAACAGCUGAUAAACUUUAACCAAUCAUAUCAUUGUGUUCGCAGAAGUCCGCAUUUGGCUUUUUUUUCUUCUUUUGAACAAAAAGUUUUUUUGUAGAUUUUGGCAUUUGGCAACGGCAUUUGCCUCCGAGCAUGCGCAAGAACCUACCAACCCCAUUGACCAACCCUGGCUGGCACAGUUCGAGUUUAUAUCACAACAGAUAAAAUGGCUUCCACACUCGAUAUCUACUGUUUUUUUCGGACGUUUUGUGCACGGCAAGCAGUUUUAAAUUAAAUAUCAGACAUGCUUUCAAUCGCUACUAAAUGCAGUCUUAACAGGCUUUGCAUUCGUUUACUUAAACCAGAGUAGCAAACGAAAAUAUGCAACCUAAUUAAAAACACUCAGCUAGGAUUUUAAAAUCCAAUUCUAUGUUCUAUAGGCUAUAGGUCGUUUCACGCUACUUUGCGAUAUUUUGUCUGGAUAGCGGUGAUAUGGGGGGGGGAGGGAGGGCUUCCCAUUUUCCCACGUUUUCGACCAACCUGCCCGCGGGUUUACAAACAAAAACAUCCAGUUAGAAUAGAGUUUAUCUUCAUUCAUUAAAGUAAGUUGUGCAAGCAUGUACGAUUCAGGAUGGGUCAGUAUUGAAGCCUGCGUGUGUACUUAUUGCAGGUUAGCAUGUGCGCGUUUUAUGAUAUACAAUGAACGAUAUUAACUUGAGUGCAAGUUGUCAGAUCAGUGUCAAGAUCGUUAGCUCUAAAAUUUGACCUAUACUCACAUUGCAAAAGACAUACUGUCACUAGUUUCGUUUGUUGUUAAAAUAUUGAGAUUGUAAUAUCAUAACUUAAGAUUGCAAUAUUUGGCCAUUAUUUUCACGCAGCUCUACGAUAUAGCCUGCAUAGCGGCGUUGCAGGAGGGGAGAGGGGGUCUUUCCUAUUUCCCCCUUUUUCUGCUCUUUUUCUCUCCUUCACCCUCCCCUAGUGCCGCUACGCAAGCUAACUGCUAUAGUGUCAUAUAUAGUGCAGUGAGUCUUAAUGCAAUAUUUCACUGUCAAAUAUAACUAUCGUUCAAGCAUGUCAGAAAUAUUGGAACAAUUAAUGCCGAAAUGAAAGAUCAUUCGAAAAUUAGCUUAAUCAGAUUGGAGAAAAAUUGUACUGGGCUAUUUCUGAACCCUUGAGUGAAAUUUGAGACAUGUUUCGUGAUACUUGUUACGUCACCAUAAAUAUACAAUUUGACAAUUUCAAAUUGUUUCGUGAGUGCGUGCUUGAAAAAAUAUCCCUGUAAUUACGUACAAACAAGUUUUGGACUAAAUGCCUUUCUAGCCCAAACCAAGUUGUCAAUUGCCAGGGGCGUAGCGAAGCAUCUGAAGUUGGGAGGUGUCGGAGAUUUUACAUGAAAUUUGAAUUUCAAUGAUAAAAAUUUACCUGAAAUGUAUUAAUUUUAAUAGAGAAUAUUUUCGAUUGAUUUGAACUGUCAUACUCAGUUCCUGAAGAAGAGGGGAGUCUGGGGGUCCUCCACCAGAACAUUUUUACAUUUUUGAAGCUCCAGGACUGCAUUUCUGGCGUUUCCUAAAGCAAAUUCGCAAACGAAUUGGAUCUAAAUGGACUGUAUUUUACAAGAAUGGUUAUCAUUUCACAACUGAAAUAACGAAUUUUAUCUGAGUUUCACAGUUGGAAUGGUUUACACCCCCCUACACCCCCCGGUCGCUACGUCCCUGCUUGCAAAAUAUUAAGAUAGCACAACUGCACUUCACAAAAUGCGCCGUCCAAUGCCAUAUGUGAUGGAUAAAAAGCCAUUCAUUUACGAUUUAAAAGCGGGUUUUACUUGGCUUAACACCAACUUGUCAGCACUUUACUAUUCGGAUAACGCUACAGACGAUAAUAUGCUGUAGUAAUUUGAACCAAGCGCUUUUUACAGACAGUAAGAAGUACAACGGUGCAAGAAAUGUCUGCGAAUACUAAACACCAUUAGAUAUGGUAUAAUGAGAUUGUUGAGUAUUUCGUAGAAUUUAAUGAUCAGAGAAGUGGUUGUCUCGUGCUAUAGAAUUACUAAAGCGUGAUUUCCAACCAGCGCCAAUCAGUAAUUCCAAGUAUGUUCUCCCCUGUGUUAUCACGAUAUAAUAGUCGUUAAUAUGCCUAAUCAUCUUUCUGUGUGGCGUAAAAUUUCAAUUCCACAUGUUUCAGGCCAAGAAGUCCGUUGGAUAUGGAUAAAUUUGUAAAGCCGUGGAGGAGUCGAAGUAAGAUUGUGUCCAAUACUGGUACAGCACUUUGGACUCCGAAGGUGAGUAAUCAUUAGUUGUAUGCGGAAAUUGGACAGUCAGAUAAUGGCUUAUAGAUCUCAAAGUGAUACAACCAAAGGAAGCCGAAAAUAGAUUCAAAACAGUUUCCUUGUAAAGGACGUUUACACUGGUUGUUUUUCUUGUGAUUAGGUGUCUUGCAACUUGUCUCAAUUUUAAUGUUGCAAUUUUCUCUUUCGUACGUAUGUGAUAAGUAGAUUUAUACUCGGAUUUCCUCAGGAAAGGAUUGUAUUAUUUUUGCAUUGUUCAAUUUUGAAUUCUUGUUCUUUAGCCGCAGUAGAAAAACUAGAAAGAAGUCACUAAUGAGUAAUGCAGACAUCAGACAUGCACAAAGCUUCCAAUUCUACAUGACUCGAAAAACAUAUUCGUUUUAAUUUGUUACUAUGCAUGCGUCUUGGCAUUUUAGUGACAUGCAGUCAGCGGAGUAGAUUGGAUUGAUUGGAAUAAGAGAAGACAAAGGAAUUUUCGGUCAUGCCGGAGGUUAAAAGGACAAGGGCUUAAAGACAUUCUACAUUUCUUCGUGAAUUGCAGCGUGGACAUGAUAAGACACUCGUAUUGUCUCGCAUAAUUUUGAGUAUAGAAUCCCUUAAAUUCCAUUUCUCUCUGUUCUUUGCACGAUCACAUGUAAAAACCUCAAUUAAUAAAUUAGCACUCAGCUAGUAGAGUCACAUUGAGCUGUUAGCUAGCUAGCCCAUUCUUUUUUCUAUUUUCCAAAUUUUCCCCAGGAUUGUUUAGUGGUAUUCUACAAUAUACAUGAAAUCUAUGCAUGCAGCCUGUAUGCAUAAAGAUGCGAUCCAAUUUAUUUAUCAUCUGAAAUCUGUCACUCUACUGCUGAAAGAUGUUCAAAGAUUAUCCUCAUGUAUGCAAGUGUCAAAGACAUUCCUUAUAUUUGCUUCACUGAUUAACUGUCCUAUUUUCAAGUUGUUAAACGUAAAAUCGUACGAUUCGGUGAACGUUAAUGUUUAAGGGGCACAAAUAUCUCUGGUUUUGGGGAGAGCUGGGACUUGGGGGAUAUCCCUUCAAAGUCAAAAUACUUUAAUAAUACGCAGUAGAUUUUUGUUCUGAAUCCUAAUCAAUUAUUAAAAAGGGAAAUGGCGGAACAGUAAGUGAUUGUGGCCAUAUCCUCAUGUUUCGCCCACAAUAUUUGUUAUGGAUGGGGCUGUGAUUAGUAUAGUUGAUACAAAAACACGAGAUACCUUUUUUCGAGACCACGACCCUUUUUGGUAAAUGGUAAUAUAAUCCACCAAACUGGAUGAAUAACACAUUCCAUUCCAUCUCGCCUUAACCGGAAAAGGAAUAUCAUUUUGUGUAUCCGGACUUCACAAGAUUUUCCUACCAAGCGUAAAAACUUAUUCCUCAUGUUCUUAUACUAAAAUCGAAAAUACGUCGUUUCUGUAAAUCAUUAUCAACCGUUUUAUAUGAUAUGUGACUUGAUAUGAUCGAAGUAUUUAAGAGACUACUUAACAAUUAAUUCUGUCGUCCAGUCAGAUAUUGAUUUUCUUUGAUAUGUGAAUGAUUAUGAUCUAUGACGUCAUAAACGCAACAGACAGGUUUGAUACAAAACAAAACAAGAUGAAUAGUAGAGCUGUCAUUUACAGCUAACAUUUGAAGCGAGAUGUUUGCUGUGCAUUGUAAGCGAAACAUAAGCUUAAUUAAUAGCCUUAGCUAAUAUUUGGAGACUGUCUCAUCAUAUAUUUCGCGAAAUUGUCCGCUAAUAAAGGAUAGUAUUCCUCGUUCCUUCAAUAAAGUUGUCCGUGAUGUUACUUGAUGUGAUAAAUGCUGUACGUAACAACAUAUGUGUUAUAUAUGCAAAUGAUUUAGUGAUUUAAUGAAAUUUGGCAAUUACGCCACAGUUACCCCAAUUACGGCGACCCCUUAAUUACAUAAUUACAUUAGCAUUAAUAACAGUACUAGUCUAGACAGCAUAACAAACUUACAAAAUGACAUCAGACAACUAACAACAUCUUAAAACACCAGAGAACUGGCCUUUCUACAUUGAACACAAACAGGGUACGAGGGUCAUAUAAUAUCUCUUUAAUACUUUUAAUGUAUACGUAUUUCAUGAGCUAUAGUAGCGCUCGCUCGAUUCAUGUAAUUAAUUAUUUUCUUCUUUUCCAGGGAGAUUUUCGUUGGUGUUCAGCGGCCAGUCAAUCAGUUGUUCUUACGGAGACCAGUAUAUUAUCAUUAUCUAACCCAGAACGUCGCGCUCUUCAACGUUUGGCUUUGCUUAAACUUCAAACAUUGAGUAUACAGUGUACUAUCCCAGUUAACAAAGGUAUGAAACAAGUCAAUAUAUGUUCGGUUGGAUAAUCUACCCGACUAGACUGGCGGUUAUAACAAAAUACAAUAUGGUGUUUUUAGGUGAAGGAAAAAAUUUUGGAAAAAGACUAAGAAAAUCUCUAAAAGGUCGCAAAAGGACGAAUGCAGAGAGUGGGUCAACAUUACUUAGCAAAUUCACUGGAGGUAAGACUUGCGUCGCAAUUAUAUAACGCCUCAUUAAAUUGUCGUCAUUUAAUUGGAUGAUUAUGAUCACGUGAUUUCAUAAAAGACCAUUUUCAUGUUCCUGAAAUGGGACUUUCCAUUCCAUUGAAUAUCCCAGCCGCAGAUUUUUGUGAUUUGUUCGUCAUUUUUUAAUUGUUAAAUUAAUUUUGAAAAUUAUACAGUAACUUAGUUUUGUAUUUUUUGUGGUCAUAUUUGGUAUAUAUCUGUUUUGGUUCCAUAUAAAACAAAUAAUGAAUGUUUCCAUUCGUGUAAUGGUAAACUAUGAAUAUUUUUAUUCGGUGAAAUAUGGAAUUUUCCAAUUAUUUUACUAUUUUACCAUAAAUAUUCAUUAUUUGUUUAGUAUAUAUUGAUCUCAGGCUAUACUUAUUCCUGAAAUCAACCAUAAUAUACACUACAUGAAAUCACUACCGACUUUUUUGAAACUACCUAAAAACCAUAGGAAUAACACGAUAGGAAUUUAAUACAACAAUGAAUAUUUAUGUGUUCGUCCAAUAUCCAUUUUUAGGAAAAGGUAGAACUGCUGUUUUCGCUACUCCACUCGAUAUGGUCCUAAAGAAUGACAGACUGGCUGCGGCAGGUGUCAGUACAAUUCCACGACAAGCAAGAAGGAAAAGUGAACCAACAGCACUGUCUCCUGAGACAAAAGAGAAACUUCCUCGUAGGAGACGAGCUUCAUCUAGCACACCACCAGCAACAUCUGCAUUGAAGCGACAGCAAAUGAAACAAUCUAAGUCUUACGGUGCCUUGCAAAAAAAUUCCGUUUCGACUUCAAGUUUAAAAUCAGCUAGUUCUUCCAUAGAUGGAGAUUUUAGCAAGCCAAAAAGGCAUAGUGACAGUGAUUCUGUUCUCAUAUCAGAUCUAUGUCCUGAACAAAAAUCUAUUGGUUGGAAAUCACAAUUACUUGAUGCUCUUACUUUGUCUUCGACAUCAGCAUCUGCAUCCUGUUUGCUGGAGAAACCUGAACUGCCAAUACCUUCUCCACCUAAAGUACCAUCCAUCGUCGUGCAGUCUAUUAAAUACCUUGAAACCCACGGUAGGUUAUAUUCGUCCGAACUAUUAUAAAAUACAUGGAAGGGAAAGUGAAUAAUUUUACGUAUAGAUUGCAACAGAAUGUUUUAGACCUACUUCAUGAUCAUGAUAACAACAACACAUUUCCUCCAGGAUUGAGAUGUACCCACAUUGUAUUCUUCUUUUUAUUAUUUACUACAUUCUAAUUACCCAACUAUGGUACAAUUAUUUCAUUGAUUUCGUUAAUUGAAUGCACUGCUAGGACACGCUUGGGAGCGAAUUUGAGAAAAUUCCUUGGCCAAAACGAGUCACGAACGAACACUGCAGGUGACUUUUGUCUAAGCAAGCCAAUUCACAAAUUCAUUUUUUUAGGUUGGUAAAAUUUUUGCAUGAAUGCAGAUUUUCUUUCUUCGUCGCAAAACAACAACUACAAAUAUUUUAUGUCUGUUUCCUCCCAUCGACUUCGUCUCGAGAGACAUUGAGACUCUCGAGCAAACAAAACUACUUGAGCUAUUUCCCUUAUUUUGACAGAAAACAUAACCUUAUUAAAUUCGACCUUUCUUCGUUUUGCUUGAAGGAUUACACGCCCUAGGGAUAUUUCGAGUCGCUGGAUCAAAGAAAAGAUUAAAGCAGGUAUUAAACUUUCCUCUGACGUUACUUGCUGUACAAUUGCAUGUAAUGAUUAUUUAUUCAUUGCCCCCGACGCCCACAAACAAAUGUUGCCUGUCACAGUACAAUAGCUUUAACUGUAUCCUGGGGGUACAAUCAAUGUUAAUUGUUGAAGGUUAGGUGGGGGGAGGGGGGGGGGUGAUUUCUGCAAUAAUCAUUAUACGAACACUGAUCCAACAAUUGGUAUAAUGCCGUAGAUUACAAUAGGCCAGUGCCUGCCAGCAUUGGUAUUUUUCCUCCUUGUUUGAGUUAUAUUAUGACGCUCAAUUUUAAACUGCUUUGCAAUAUCUUUGGCCACUAGAUUCCAAAGGUUGAUUCUGCACAUGCCCUUUUGUGUGUGUGCGUGUGUGUUAAGGGGGGGGGGGAGAGGUAGUUAGCCCAAAGUCACGUAGUUUCAACCGUCACAGAUUGUCACAAGGGGUAGAGGGAGUCAAAUUUCGGCCCAAAAAGCAUCACGUAUUUUGUGUAUGGCUCCAUAUACCAUGUCGCUUCAUCUUUGCAUUGCAGUAUCUAGUGGGGAAGAGACUAAUCUAGUGAAUAUUUUUAGUUACGUGAUGAUUUCGACAGUGGUUUGAGAGAGGAAUUCUCUGAAGAAGAUAAUGCACAUGACGUGGCAGCGUUAUUUAAGGAAUUUCUUCGUUGUUUACCUGAACCUUUAAUGACAAGAGAGUUGUACACCGCUUUUCUCUCUACUCAAAGUAAGCAUUAUUUAUAGUCUAACAGUGGUUUCGAAAAUAAUAUUUCGUUCCUAUAGAAAAUAUUGACACCAACAUAUUGUACAUCUUUCUUUUAUCUAUACUGUAUAGUUGUUCUGUAAAUCAUUUUACAAUUCUACUUCUUUAAUUUUUAACUGGAGCCUGGAGUUACAACGAAUUGAACGAAACUGUAAUAUGCAUGAUGAUAAUCUAAAAAAAGGUGUUGUACUCCAAGUAAAAAAAUAGGAAAAUUAUCGGCAGCUAUGUUUGUAUGAUAUAUACAGUAUAAAACUCUCGUACUUACAAAGAAUCUGAAAUAUAAAAUUUUAAAGGCUCAAAAAGCUCAAGAAAGCUUUGGAUUGAUAGGGAUGCAACUACCUGAAAAAUACAAGGAGACUUCAUAUUAUUGGCAUUACCUACACUGGCACAGAGCAAUCAUUAUAUCAAUUUUAUGCUCAAGCUUAAAAUGCUCAAUAAUUAUACAGUACUCGGCCAUAAGGAAAUUUCUCAUGAGAUAAGAUAUAGCAAAGCAACCUUUUUGUAAAUAACACGGUUUUUAAACCACACUAUGUAUAUCUGGCUUUAUCCAAUGAAGACCUAUUAUCCUUACAUUUUCAGGAUUUCAAGACACGGAAACACAGUUGAAUGCUUUGAAAUACUUGUGGUAUCUACUUCCUGACUCCAAUCGCGAUACCCUACAAUAUCUACUCUGCUUUCUUAGUAAAGUCGCAAAAUAUGCCGAGGACACGACGGAUGAAAAUGAUCAAAUUGUAAGUUACCGUUUAAGAUGGUCUUAUUCUUGUAAAUAAAAGUCGAAUUCUACCCAGAAACUUUGUACCCAUGCAGCAACAGGUUUGGCUAUUUCUGUACAACUGAACCGAUUUGAAAGUUUAGUUCAAAUAUGUACCUUUUUCAUAUUCUUAGUUAUGCAUUGGCGCAUUAAGGAUAGGAUAAUUGUUGUUUUGUUUAGGUUCCAGGCAAUAAGAUGAACUGUAGAAAUCUGGCAACGCUAAUGGGACCAAAUAUCCUCCAUAAGGUAUCGCAGGCUAGAAAUGAUUUCAGAGAAUAUUUACUGUCGGUAUUUUGAAGCAAUAAACAACCAUAUUGGAUAUAAUUGAUUAAAACCACUUAUUCCUUUUAAAAAUUCACAUAGUAUCCAUUUGCUAAGUUCCCUGUUUCAAAACAAGUUCAUUGUUAACUGAGUGUUGAGUGUGUGUCAUGGAUGUGUCACGUGUCAUUGCGAAACGUCGUUUCAAGGUUAUUCACAAAUACUGCAUACACUGAGAAUAUAGGGUGAUAUCAAGUUUGACUAGUUAAUGUACUGACUUCAACUUUGCAAUAUAUUAUUUCUUUCGAUGGCUGGAACGUUUUUCUCCAAUAAUGCAUGACCUUGUCCAUCUAACCUGCGCGUAGUCUCAUGACAUCGAUCAAACGAUUUUUUAAGUUUAGAUGACUGCGCUCAUGCUAUGUCCAUGAGGGAGGUAAUUAACAAGUUAACGUAUUUUCAAUGUAGGUAAAAAGCCCACACUUGCAGAAUUUUGUUGUGGAGAACUUGCAACGAGCUGAGGAACAUGACGAAGUCAUUGACGUCAUUGAAGACUUGAUUAACUAUCACGAUAAACUGUCUACGGUAUGUAAUCAGUUACUUUGGUCAAUUCAGGGUAAACAUCAGGAUACAAUUGACCCUCUGGCAAGAAUCGAACCUGCCAAAGGGCCUGUACAUGCAGUUGCAUUGUUCCACAGCUGCUCCUUGUUCGGUCUAAAUAAUUGUAUAAAAUUUACAUCGAAAUUUUCAUCCACGAGAAAUUUCCAUUUACAAAAUUUCCAUCUACGAAACUCUUAAUUCAACAUUAGUUCAAGAUUAUCCCGUUUAGCAACUAAUGAAGGUAACAAGUCACCAUCGAUACAAUAUUCUGAACACAGUAGUUAUUGUAUGUGCGUUUAGCAACUAAUGAAGGUAACAAGUCACCAUCGAUACAAUAUUCUGAACACACUAGUUAUUGUAUGUGUCAAAGCGGGGCCCUUUAGCACAGAGUUACGCCACUGAGUAUGAUUAUAUUAAUUUUCUACUCAUUCCAGGUUUCACCAGAAAUGCAUGAUCAAGUUAUGAGGUUUCUGCUCCAAACUGAACCAGAAACUGUUGACUUCAUUCUACGACGAAAAGCUAAAAGUCAUCUCGGGUAAGAUUCAGGAAGAUGUUUUGAAUUAGAGUGUUUUAUGCGUACGAUUUGUUGGUUCUGCUCGAAAAACAACCAUGCUGGUAUGAUCCGCUGUGCAUUCCAUUUUCGAAGCAAAUAUUGUAAUCAAGGCUAUAGAACAGGCUAUAUAACAAGGCUAUAAAGCUUUUAUCCAGCACUUCACACACAGGCUAGCCAGUGUUAUAUAUUUUGAAUCAUCGAUCGCCCAAGAGACUUUUGCAUUCAUUGCAUACGCCCACUCCCUGUUAAGAAAUCUCCGCGAAAGCUCUGCAUGAAUUGUUACUGUGAAGCCUGGAUUAUACUUGCAAUUAUGGUCAAUUAUUUUGCAACGAUUACGAUUAACAUUCCUAUAGCGCAAAUUUACAUGUGAAUAUGAUCAAAAGUGCUUUACAUCAAGUAUUACGCUUACCUAUAAUUACUUAUUUAGCCUAGACUAUUUUAUCUACAAUAAUUGUGAUAUUACUUUCUUAACUGUUUUUAUCCUAACCCCUCCCUAUUAAAUUUCCCUUUGGGAGAAAACAGGGGCACCCGGGGAGAAAACCCACGACUUUCGGUAGAGCAUUGAUCCAUGAACUCAGAGUUUAAAGUUGAUUUGAUGACUGCGCUAUCAAAGCCUUAAAGAAGAAGGCCAAAAUUUUAGUGUUAAAGGUAUAUAUAAAAGGGUUGCAACAAAAUUCAUUUCAGGAACAUCUUUAUAUUCUUCAUUUUUUGAGAUACCUUCUUAUCUGUGUAAAUAAUAUACUGCUAAAAUCUUGGUCAAUGCCAUAUUUACACUAGAAAAUAUACUUUUAUUAAAAUUUGUAGAAUAAACAUUUGAAACCGAAGAAUAAAGAUUCCUACAUGAGGAAAGUAUUUAUGAAUAAACAAAUGUAAAUUUUGUUUUUUCUUGUACUUGUAGGGAGGAUAUUGAGAAUAUCAUUAAAGGAAGCAGCGAUAUUAUCAGCGAAAUAGAUGACAAGGAAACCAACGCUCGUUUACAACACCGUGUUAAUAAUGCUUAUGAUUUAAAGAAAAGCACGUCACGUGCACACAGCGUGCCUGCAAGUAGUAACAGACACUUCAACUCAACUGACAGUGUUCAAACAGACGCACACAACCAUCACAGGUGCGCCUCUGUUGACGCACAAUUUGUUAAAACAUAUGGUUUGAGUCCUUGUAAUUGCUCAGGCGCGCACGGAGAUCUCAAUAUGCGGAAGCAAAGAUCUUACGUGAGUAGCGAACCAGCAACACCAAAAAUGAACACAUCAAUGUCGUUUAGUUAUUCCCCACCUUCUCCAAAUAUUAGCUCGCGAACUACAUCAACUGGUAACUCCCCAAACAGCAGUCUCAGUUACUCACCUACGGAAGUCACAUAUCAUGACUGUAGACUGCAUAAUUAUUCCACUACACAGAAUGGAAACUCUAUCUCCACAGAUGAUACAUCGUCUAUAGCGGAAAGCAGGGGGGAGUCGGAUGUAACGAGCGAAGACUUUGACGAUGUUGAUAUGACAAAGCAAUGGCUAGAAUGGGAGGCAUUAACUAAGAACUUUGACUAUACUGCUGAUUUUCUAGAUCAAGAAACACUUGUUUGA